AUGGUCAGCUGAGGCCUUACUUUGGGUAUCCCAGGUUGGUUGGGUGGCUACCAGGGAAAAGUCUUUUCUGUCAUCAUGCCCUGACUUUGGAACACCCUCCCCAAACAUGUUUACCUGGAAACCACUUUUUUAAUACACCUUAGGUACAAGUUGCUUUGCUGCUCAAGGUCUUAAUGGAAUAUCAUAAUGCUGCUUAUAAUCUAGAUGCUGCUCCACUGAUUUCAGUUGUUCUUAAUUGCUUUGCAUAUUUUUCUUGCAUUGAUUUAAUCUCUUGGAAGUUGCCUUGCACACUUCUUCUUCUUCUUAAUAUAUAAAAGUAUUUUUAUAUAUUGCCAGUUCAUACAAUAUAAUCCAGUGACAUACAACACUGUAUACAAUAAAAUAUAAAAGACCAUAAAAACAGUAAAAAAUGAUCCUUAAAAUGAGUGGCUGCUCCAUUUUUAACAGUUACAUGUGCCUAUGUGCAUAAAAAGGGUCUUUUAAGAGAUGCCUGAAAUUAAAAAGUGAGGGUGCUUGCUGACAUUCUGCUGGAAGGGUUUUCCAUGGGCAGCACUAAAUGUCUGACUUUUGGUAGAAGCCAGUCAGGCCUGUAACAUGAAGGACAGCUAGCAAUAUUCUUGUAGGUGAUCUCAGUGUGAUCAAACUGAGAGAUUAAAGCUCAGGCCAUCCCUAAGGUGUCUGGACUCAGGUUGUUCAGCUCUUUAUAUAGGAACACAAGGGCCUUAAAUCUAACCCUGUGCAGAUAUUGUAGCAAAGGUGUUAACAUGCUGUCGGCAUUCUGCACCACACAUAUCCUCCAAUAUUUCUCCGAUGAAAAUAGGGAGAAACGAUAAUUUUACUAUUUAUACUCCACACAACUUACUGGGUCGCCCCAGCAGCUCUGGGUGGCUUCCAACAUAUAUAAAAACAUAGUAAAACAUUUAACAUUAAAAAAACUUCCCUAGACAGGUUUGCCUUCAGACAGCUCGGAGGGUUGGAUAACUCCACACCCUCCAACGUUUCUCCAGUGAAAAUAGGGGCAUCCUAAGGAAAAGUGGAACGUUCCAGGAUCAAAUCAGAAACCAGAACGGCUUCUCUUAACCAGGCACGCCCCUGGAAAAUAGGGACUCUUGGAGGGUCUGGAUCCAGGGGCAGCCCCACAUGGAAAGCACAUCGCAGUAGUCCAGCUGCAAGGUUGCCAAUGCAUGGGUUGUAGUGGCCAGGUUAUGCCUGUCCAGAUGAGGCAUAUCAGGACUUAAAGCUGUUUUGGAUCUAAGGUGGCACCUCUCUUUCCUGUGACACGUGAAGCUUGACAGCUGUUCUGUCAACCGACUUUUAGCUGAGUUGCCUUCUGUGGUAUCUACAGCCUUAUCCCAUGUUAGUUUACCAAUAAGUAAACUCGAGUCUUGUUUGUGGUCUUCCCAAAGGCAUUUAGUCUGCUGCUGUGACAGCAGGGCCUGUGGGCUGAUCUAGCAGGGCUGUUCAUAAAUUCUCAAGAAAGCCCUAUUAUAAUCAAUGGAGCUUGUUCCUGAGCAAAUAGUGCAUUGGAAUAACAGAAUCAUCGAACUGUAGAGUUGGAAGGAACUUUGAGGGCCAUCUAGUCCAACCCCCCGCAAUGCAGAAAUCUCAGCUAAAGCCUCCAUGACACCCCCCUCUGCUUAAACACCUCCAAGGAAGCAGAGUCCACAACCUCCUGAUGGAGCCCAUUCCAUAGGCUAGGUAGUACGACCACAUAAUGGAGUAAACUUCUUUGAACUAAGUGGGCUUUAGUUUUAUUAUUUAUUACAUUAAUUCCACCUUUUCCCUCCAAGGAGCUCAAGGUGGUGUAAAUUGUUCCCCCUCCCCUUUUAUCUUUACACCACCACCAACUGGCUAAACAUCUUUCUGACGGCAAGAGCCAUUAGACAGUGGAACGGUCUCCCUCAUAAUGUGGAGGACCCUCCUUCGCUGGGGGUUUUUAAGCAGAGGUUGGAUAGUCAUCUGUCCUUGAUACUUCAGUUGAGAUUCCUGCAUUGCAGGGGGUUGGACUAGAAAACUCUCAAGGUCCCUUCAAACUCUACAAUUCUAUGAUUAAUUAAGUAGGUUAGGGCUGAAAGACUGUGACUGGCCCACGGCUUCAUGGCUGAGCAGGGAUUCGAACCCUAGUCUCCCAGGUGCUAAUCCAAUACUCUGAUCAUUCUACCACACUGGCUCUCAGAGUAAACAGGCAUUAGGAUUGGGGUUAUACUGUAACAUGGAAGGUGGGUGAAUAGCCAGGGAUGAACCAGAUGUCAAGCCACACAUGCCCUUAUAGGAGCUUCCAAAGCUUAGGUUAAUGCACAGUGGUACACUUUACCUCCCCUCAAAAAGGAUAUUAUGGAUUUGGAAAAAGUUCAGAAAAGGUGAUAGAGUGACUCUCCGAUGAAGAAAAGUUGCAGUGUUUGGGGGUUUUUAGUUGGAGAACAGGCAAGGAAGAGGAAACAUGGUUGAAGUUUAUAUAAUUAUGCAUGGCCCAGAGAAAGUGGACAGACAAAGGUCCCCCCCCCUUCAAUAAUCUUUCAAUAACAUUAGACCUCGUGGGUAUCCGAUGAAGCAGAAUGUGAUAAGAUUUGGGAGUUCUUCCGCCUGGCCUUUGGCUUGGAAUUAAUUGAUCCCCUCCCCCUUUUUCCUUCUGUGAUGGAACUCCUAUUUGGGGACUUCCCUGGCUUUUUCUGGCCCACGUAGGACCAGUCUGGACAGGUGGCCUUGGUGAAGAUUUGACGUUUUCAUCCCCAAAAAGAUUCUGAUUUGAGUUUCUAUUGAAAUGAGGCUGAUUUUAAUGUUGUAUUUUAAUCUUGUUUUUAAGUUGUAUCUUAAUCAAUUGUUUUAUAUCUGGUGUUAGCCGCCCUGAGCCUGGUCUUGGCUGGGGAGGGUGGGGUAUAAAUAAAAUUUUUUAUUAUUAUUAUUAUUACAGUCAUACCUUGGGUUAAAGUAGCUUUGGGUUAAAUCUUUUCAGGUUGCGUCCUGCGGCGACCUGGAAGUAACGGAACGGGUUACUUCUGGGUUUUGCCGCUCGCGCAUGUGCUCAAAAUGACGGCAUGCGCAUGCGCAGAAGCGGUGAAUCGCGACCUGCACACAUGGGUUGCGUUCUGCUCAGGAUGCGAAUGGGGCUCCAGAACGGAUCCCGCUCGCAUCCAGAGGUACCACUGUAUUAUAAAAGGGCUUUUCGCAGUGCAUAAAUAAACUAUGGAACUCCCUCCCGCAGGAGGCCUUUAAAAGGGGACUAGACAAAUUCCUGGAGGAGGAGAGGGCUCACAGGAAGAGCGCGUUGCUCUUGUGCUCAGGUUCUGCUUGCAGGUUUCUGACAGGCAUCUAGUUGGCCACUGGCAGAACAGGCUGCUGGCCUGGGCGGGCCCUAGUCCUGCGGGGGGGGGAUGGGGGAAACCCGGCAGCUCCACUGCGCAGGCGCAAAACAGCUCCCGGUCCGUGGACGUCGUUCGCUGCCAUCUCAGCCCCCGGAAGGAGCCGAGAGCUUCCGAUGAGAGCCGAGCGGCUCCGGAGGUUUCCCCGACGAAGCGCAGCUCCCUCGGCUCCGCUCGGGGGCGGGCGCCCCAGCGGCGGUGGGCGGUGCUGGGAGAGGGGCGGUCUAGCGGCCUCCUCCUCCGCCUCCUCGGGCAGGUAGGAGCGCUUCCUGGUGUUGGCGGGCGGCCCCCGGGCGGCGGCGGCAGCGAGGCCCCCACACCCGCCCGCGGCGGCGGCGGCACCUGCCGACAAGGCUCGGUCGGGGCCGAGAGCGGAGCCGGCAGGUAGGCGCCGCCGCGAGGGGAAGGCGGGCGUGAGGGAGCGCUGCCCGGAGGAGAAGCCGCCGCGGCCCCCGCGCCUGUGAGGGGCCAGUUUCCCUCAGGAGAAGCGGGGGGGGGGCAGCCGAGCGGGACGUGUCGGGGGAAAGGGGGCGCCGCCGCCGCCGCCGCCGAGGGGAUCGUUUCCUUGUUGGGCCGCCCCGCCGCCGGCCACCUUCAGGGGCGGUGACGCCGCCGCCGCCGCCGCCGCCCUCCUCGCGCCUCCUCCGAGAGAGCCACGGCCGCGAACCGGGCUGCCGCGCCCCGCCAUGUCAGCGGAGGAGGCGGCGGCGGCGGCGGCUUCCCCGCGGGCUCCGUGACGGGGCUGGAAGGCAGCAGCAGCGCUGCUUGAAAAGGAAUGUCGGUUUAUUUAUUCUCCGCCUUUUCCCCUGACAAGGACUCAGCUGACCGCUUACCCACCACGUCCAAGCAGCUGCUUUUAAAUUUUAUUGUAGUUGUUUUUAUUUCAUUAAUUUAUACACUGCCUUUUCCCCCAGACCACAUGUCCUCCCGACCUGUCCAAGUGGGAUGUGUGUGGUCGGAGAUGCCUGGAAAAGAGCACCUUUUUUUAGAGCAAUUAAUUAUUAUUACAUUACAUACUUAUUUGUACUCUGUCUUAUUCGCUGUCAGGGAUUCAGUUGACCACUUCGCUGCUGCAGCCAAGCAGCAUGUUUGUGUGUAUGUGGCUGGAAGGAAGCUGCUGCUGCUGCUAUUUUUUAAUGACAAUUUUAUUUUAUUUUAUGAAAUUCAUGUACCACUUGAUUGUAGAAAAAAUAACACCCUCAAAGCAGUUCACAACUAAAAGAUAAAGCAAUACAGUGGACACUCGGGUUGUGAAUGUCAUCCGUGCAGGAGGCACGUUCGCAACCUGCAGCGCCGUGUCUGCACGCGCACAGGUUGCGAUUUGGCGCUUCUGCACAUGCGCAAAGCGUGAUUUGGCGCUUCUGCGUGAGCACCAAAACCCAGAAGUAACCCAUUCCAGUACUUCCUGGUUUGGCGCAGUGUGCAACCCAAAAACGCGCAACCUGAAGCGUCUGUAACCCGAGGUAUGACUGUACAAGGAUCGCUAAAGAAAACAUUAUCUCCAUGAUUUAAUAUACACAGGUUAAAACCACUAUAGAACAGACUGACUAAAACAAAUUAAAAUUCAAUUAAUUAAUAAAAUUAAUAUAUCUCUUUAUUGUAGGGAAAAAACACUAAUCAGUUUAAAAAUGAUAAAAUCAUCACUAAAAUGUUUUCUUACCUCCAUAAUUUAAAACAUAACAGAAUUAAAUCUACAAACUUUCCAAACAUCUGGGUAGGCAAUAAUAUAUUUAUAACCCUGCUCCCCGACCAGGGACUUAGUUCCUCCACUUGUUGACAUAUCUGCCGGGCCUUGUUUCUGCACACUUUUGUGUGAAGCACUAUAAAGCAGGGUGGUUGUUUUUCUCCUGAGCUGACACUGUUUGGGUUUUUUUGGUAGGAAGGUGCUAAGAGAGGGUCAUUUGUAUUUGGGUUUUGAUACAGAGGGAUCCCACCCUGUCCUCUACUGCUUUGCUGCAUUCUAUCAACUGUGUGUCCUCCAGUCCACACUGGCAAAAAAACCCCCUGGAAAUGGGUACUUACCUGUGAACUUCUGUUUGAAGAGUGGACUUUGGGGACCACAACAUUCACUCACCCCUUGAGUCUUACGGAGUGUGGGGAUUCAUAUGCUUUCGUCCUGGUUUGGAAUGGAUGAAGAUGGAAUGGUGGUGUUACGUCUGCUCUCUCUCUGGGCAGUGAGGUGCUUGGGAUCAGGCCUCCCUGUUGCACUAGGGGAGAGAGAAAACGGCUAUGAGUUCCCUUAGUAGUCUUGUCUCCUGAGCAGCAGCAGCAAUAGACACUGCAAGGAGAACAGCCCACUUCUCUGGUGGCUGCUCUUUGCCGCUUGAUCACCCACCAGAGAAGCAGUCAGUUCAGCCUGCCACCCAGGGCAGGGCUCCUUCUAACCACCACUCCUCUGCCUUUAUGUGGUGGUGGUGAGGAGUGCUGCUGCCUGCACAGGUGACAUCACAUUAUGUCACAGAAGGAGUGGGGUGGCAACAACAACAACUCCCAGCAACUCUUCUGUUGGUAGUGGUGGUUACUGUGCCCUCAGUGGCCACUGCUUGUGGUUUGUGCUUGUGUACCCCUUGAGUUGCUGACCCUCAACAGCUACCUGCCAGUUCAGACCUCUGGCAGUAGUACAGUGGUACCUUGGGUUAAGUACUUAAUUCGUUCUGGAGGUCCAUUCUUAACCUGAAACUGUUCUUAACCUGAAGCACUACUUUAGCUAAUGGGGCCUCCUGCUGCUGUCGCGCCGCCGGAGCACGAUUUCUGUUCUCAUCCUGAAGCAAAGUUCUUAACCUGAAGCACUAUUUCUGGGUUAGCGGAGUCUGUAACCUGAAGCGUAUGUAACCCGAGGUACCACUGUACUGCCUGAGUGAGUUAAUGUACUCACCCAGUCUUGGAAGGGGAGGAAUGCUUGUGUCUCUGCCAUGCUCUGUGUUGGUAGUAGUUUUGAGAUGUAUCCUGCAGGUGGGGAAAGCCAUUUUGAAUAAUUAUCAUGUUAGAAAACCACUACAAGUAAGCAAACCUAGAACAUCAGAGAUAAAGAUCCAAGGCCAACCGACUCACUAGGUUUGGUUAGGUUUCUUCUAUGGAGUAUUUUGAGUAAGGGCGGUCCCCUCUUACCCUGCAGACUGGAUGGUAAGGUAAAAAAGGUAAAGGACCAAUGUACGGGUAAAGGUAAAGGGACCCCUGACCAUUAGGUCCUGUCGUGACUGACUCUGGGGUUGCGGCGCUCAUCUCGCUUUAUUGGCCGAGGGAGCCGGCGUACAGCUUCCGGAUCAUGUGGCCAGCAUGACUAAGCUGCUUCUGGUGAACCAGAGCAGCGCACAGAAAUGCUGUUUACCUUCCCGCAAGAGCGGUACCUAUUUAUCUACUUGCACUUUGACAUGCUUUUGAACUACUAGGUUGGCAGGAGCAGGGACCGAGCAACGGGAGCUCACCACGUUGCGGGGAUUCGAACCGCCGACCUUCUGAUCGGCAAGUCCUAGGCUCUGUGGUUUAACCCACAGUGCCACCCGCGUCCCUCCAUGUACGGUUAUGUCCAGUCAAAGGCAACUAUAGGGUGUGGCGCUCAUCUCGCUUCAGGCCAAGGGAGAAGGUGUUUGUCCACAGACAGCUUUCUGGGUCAUGACUAAAUUGCUUCUGGUGCAACGGGACACCAUGACGGAAGCCAGAGCACACAGAAACACUGUUUACAUUCUCACAGCUGCCAUACCUAUUUAUCUACUUGCACUGGUGUGCUUUUGAACUGUUAGGUUGGCAGAAGCUGGGACAGAACAACGAGAGCUCAUACCCGUCGUGCAGAUUCGAACCGCUGACCUUCUGAUCAGCAAGCCAAAGACGCUCAGUGGUUUAGACCACAGCGCCACCUGCUCCCUACAGACUGGAUGGUGUUAUCCAUUCAGUCACUUCAUUCUGCCACAUGUGUAGACACAGCUGUAUUGACUAGACUAGCAUACAUUUGACAACAACAAUAAGUAGAACCUGCAAAAGAAUGUUGCUAUGUGGAGUUCUUCUGUUUACUGUUCCAGUUAGUUAAAAAUGUCAUUCUCCAUGAUACUCCAUUCUGUUCACCUUCCCAUCUGGCUUCUGGCUUUUCUCUCUCUGAUCUAUGACCACUGGGCAUAACCAUUCUUGGUCUGUUUGUGGGGUUCAGCCAGGGUGGAUUUGAUUUAAAUCAAAUCAGUUUAAAUCACGAUUUUAAAAGACUCAUUCUUGCUGGUAUAAUCUUAAUAUGUAUUUACACCUAGAUGAAGGUUUCAUUUUUGGAAUAAUAAAUUUUCUGAGUAGUUUUUACAGUUACUGUAUAUCAAAAAUUACUGAUUUGGUAAUACUAUUAAAAAUACAUAGAUCAUUAUGAAAUUAUUGUGAGGUUUAAUAAGUUAACUGUUUAGACAACUUUUCUGCUGUACUUUAUUGGAAGGAGAAAAAUAAUAAUUUCCUUAAUAACAAUUUAAACAAUUUAAUUAAAGCAAUAACAUUAUAGCAUAUGUAUCCAUGUUUGUUAACGGGUGUGGUUAGACUUUAAAAAAACAUAACUUUGAGUUUUAGCACACGUGAAAAACGUAAAACAAAUCCUUAUUUCCUGAUGAAUAGCCUUUGGACUAUAAUGUAACUUAAAUAGAAAACUAUCUGUAGAAAGGUUUUUCCUCCAAAAGCAUUUUAUUUUAAAAUUCUGAUUAGAAAAAAUAAAUAAUCCUAUUUAAAUAACAAACUUUUUUUUUAAAAAAAAAAGCAUUAAUUUUUAUCCACUCUGGGUUCAUCCUCUUUAGGGCUUUUUCUUAAAUAUUUUCUGUACUUCUGUAAACCUUGGGAUUCCUUCAAAGUAGCUGAUAACUCCUUCAUGUGCAAGGGUGGUGCUGUUUUGGCUACAUGAACAAUGACACGCCUCUUCCUGUAGAGGAGUUUGUAUAAACAAGCCCGAUAACAAAAUGUUGCAGUGUAGCCCUGAUUCAUAUAUUCCUCAAGCCUGUGGUUCGGUGUGUGUGUAUGUUUUACUUCAUUAUCAUUUUUUAAAGUUUUUGAACAUUUAAAAGUGCAGCAAGUCAACAGCGCACAAGACUUCUGCAUGCAACUGAGUGCUUGGUUUGAACAUAUAACCACUCCAGGUUUUAUUUUACUGAGGGCUGGGACACUCAUUGUCUUCAAAUUCAGUCCUUUAUUCUCCUUUCUAUAAGCAUUAACUUUUAUAUGCAAAAAGUGUGUGGGCGCAAGCUGUUUGGAGUGGUGCUAAAUCUGCCCCUGGUGAUUGCGCCAGUUGACAAUGAAUUCUGCUUCUGUUUGAUCACACUCAUAUGUGACAGAAAGUCAGAAACUGGGUGUUGCGGAUUGUAAUUUUCAUACAAUACCUUUAGGGACAUAACACCCAUGUAAGCAAAAAUACAGGUUUGUGCCCAUACAGUCUAAAUUUAGAUCAUGGGUGGGGUGAGAGAAUAAUAAAAUAGGAGGUGAGAGAGACAGAGGCAAGAAGGGUGCAUGUAAGCUGUGGGUAGUGUCAUUUACUGAAUAUGGCGCAAAGGCAUAAUGAGGUAUAUGUAUAACACGUAGGCAAGUCUGCUGUGGUGCUAGGGGCCAUAAGCAGGUGAUAUAUUCCUAUAAUGUUUUGCUUCCAUUCCUGUGAUAUUUUUCACAUACAUUUAAGGAUUAGAUUGGUGAUCAGGCCAAAUGAGGAGAACUGGUGGGCCACAUUAGGCCCAUAGGCUGCAGUCUGUCCACCAUUGGUUUGGGCACUGCGACUGCAAAGACCUUGUCUCAUGUUGCACUUCUGAUAGUGGCAGGAUAUGAAGCAAAGCCUCUUGCUGAAGAUCUGAACAUCUGUUUCUCAGGCAGCGCUGGAUCCAAAUAGAUUCCAGGGCUGCAACAGUUCUUUUUUUAUCAUUCUCUUCUAAUCUUAGAUGGUGUGUUGAUGUGCUCCAGGUAGUCAGUCUGAUUUAAGCCACCUUGUAAUAACCCAUUUGGUUACUGAACCGCUGAUAUAUUACAAGUGAACUCUUUAUUUACUGUGUUUGCUAUUGUUUAAGAUAAAACCUAUUUGGGAAAGAAACUACUUUUGCCAUUUUUAUGAACGUUUAGUGUUUGUUUACAGAUGGUUGCCUUGGUGGUAUUAUCUUGUGUAAAUUAUCAACAGUUUUUGAGCAAACAGAUAAAUAAACGUCAUAUUUAAGCACUUGCCUGGUUGCAGUAGGUGAUGCUCCAUCCCUCUUCUGUGCACAAAAUAGUAACCAAAUGGGCCAUGAGAGGAAGGAAGCACCAUCCUCAGUGCCCAGCACUGAAAUGCAAUGGGCAAGAAGGGUAGAGCCAUCUCAUAGCAUCCAUGUAAUUUUUGUGGGUGUGUUGGCAAGACUGAGGUAAACUUACCUUUGUAUGAUAUAAUUAAAAAUAAGCACAGUCAAUUCACUUUGUUCAUUAGAAUGCAGUGGUUUUUAUAUUGACUUUCUGUUUACCAGACAAGGGUGGGUGGAUUGAAUUUUGAAGGAGUGAAAUGUGAAUUACUGGUUCAACCGUAAAACAGCUCUAGGAUGAUCAAAGCCAGUGUAUACCUUGACAGCAGAUAAUAACAGCCUGCAUGAAGAAGGUCUAGCCACUUAGCUUUUUGAUUCUCAUAUAUCCUAGUUGAAGUAAUGCUUGUUCCAGAGUGCUAUGUUUACAAGUGUUUUUAACAAAAGGGUAAGCCCUCUCAUGGAACUGCUCAUAAGAGAGCCUGCCUUGCUACUGAAUCUAUAGGCAUUCUAACACUGCUGGCAUAAUGAUAUUGUCUGAAUAUUUUAUUUAGGCUUUGUUCACUACUUGAAAUCAAGUUUUGUACCACAUUCUUUUAUUUAUCUAUUUCUGAGUACAGUGGUACCUCCGGUUAUGAACUUAAUUUGUUCUGGAGGUCUGUUCUUAACCCCAAACUGUUCUUAACAUGAGGCACACUUUUGCUAAUGGGUCUCCAUCUGUCGCCGUGCCGCCGGCGUGUGACUUCCGCUCGCAUCCCGGGGCAGUGGUCGCAACUAGAGGCAUCUACUUCUGGGUUAGUGGAGCUCGUUACCUGAAGCAUGCAUAAGGAGGACGGUUUGUAACCAGAGGUACCACUGUACAGAUAUGUACUUUCAGAAUUACAUGUAUUGAAUUAUCAUGUAUUGUUAAUACCUGCAAAAUUAUCUGUUCCUAUUUGCUCAACUUUUCAUUUCUUCUCAUCUGGAAAGUUAAAAGCGAAGACUGUAGUAUCUAUUUGUAAAAUAUGUAAACAUUCACCACCUGCUGGGGCUGCCAUUUCGAAACCAGAAGUUAGCUAUCAGAAAAUGUCUUAACAAACAAACAAACAAAAUCCUUCCAGUAGCACCUUAGAGUCCAACUGAGUUUGUUAUUGGUAUGAGCUUUCGUGUGCAUGCACACUUCUUCAGAUACACUGAAACAGAAGUCACCAGACUCAGAAGGGUGGUGGGAAUGGGUGAUUGGCUGAUAGGUGUGGUAAACCUGUUGACAACUGUUAACGACUGCAGUUGGUCUUACAGGAAAAAGCAAAGGGUGAGAUGGCUAAAAAUAGCUUUAUCAUGUAUAAUGAGAUAAGAAUCCAAUGUCUCUAUUCAGACCAGGUCUCUCCAUGGUUUUAAGUUUGGUAAUAAGUUGCAAUUCAGCAACUUUUCUUUCCAGUCUAUUUCUGAAAUUCUUUUGUAAUAAGACAGCUACUUUGGGAUCUUGUAUAGAAUGUCCUGGGAGAUUGAAGUGUUCUCCUACUGGUUUCUCUGUCUUGUGAUUCCUGAUAUCAGAUUUAUGUCCGUUUAUCCUUUGGUGUAGUGUUUGGCCUGUUUGUCCAAUAUAGAGGGCUGAAGGGCACUGUUGGCAUUUGAUGGCAUACACAAUGUUAGAAGAUGAGCAAUUAAAUAGCCCUGAGAUGGUAUGUUUGAUGUUGUUGGGGCCAGUAACGGUGUUGUCUGGGUGUAUGUGGCAGCAAAGUUGGCAUCUGGGUUUAUUGCAGGCUCUGGUACCAGUGUCCAUGUUAAGUCUGGUUGCUGUAUUAUUGUGGGUGAGGAGUUGUUUAAGCUUGGGUGUCUGUCUGUAAGCAAUGGAAGGUCUUCCCUCCCAGAGCUUGAGAAACAGAACUCUCAUUGCCUAGGAGAGGUUGUAGAUCUCUGAUGAUGCAUUGAACUGUUUUAACUUGGGAGCUGUAUGUGAUUAAUAGCAGUAUUCUGUUACUUUCUUUUUUGGGUCUGUCUUGCAGCAAGUUCUCUCUGGGUAUCAGUCUGGCUCUGUUGAUCUGUUGUUUAACUUCAUCAGGCAGAUAUUUUUAGUUCUAAAAAGGUUUGCCGUAGAUCUCUUAGGUGAGAGUCUCUGUCUGUAGAGUUGGAACUGUAAUGUAGGGCCUGGCUAUGUACAAUGGAUUGUUUCGUAUGUUUGGGAUGGUAGCUAGAAGCGUGUAGAUAUGUUUGUCAGCCAGUUGGUUCACGGUAUAAGGUGGUGUCUAUACACCCACCCUGUAUUUUUAUAGUAUUUCUUGCAUAGAUUGGUUCGUUGUUAGGUUGAUGGUGGGGUGAAAGUCAUUGAAUGCCUGGUGGAAGGUGUCCAGGGUCUGUUGACCAUGUUCCAGAUAAUAAAAAUAUCAUCAAUGUGUCACAGGUACAAGAGAGGGUUGAGUGGGUAGGAGUUUAGGAAAUGUUGUUCUAAAUCUGCCAUGAAGAUGUUGGCAUACUGUGGGGCCAUGCGGGUGCGCAAUGGUGUGCUGUGCUGUGUUUAUUGAGGCCUAUCGUUCUUGAGAUUUCUGAGAAAGUGUGCCACGGAGAUAUUUUUCAUUUCUCAGGUAAUUCACCAGGCACCACUUUUUUGGAAUUCAGCAAUUUCUGAAUUUCACUCAAAUCCACUGUUCAAAUCCAACACAAUGGUACUAGCAAUUGCACAACCCAGAAAGGGUGAUGAAGGAGAGUCCCCAAACUACCUUGGACUUGGUACUGAGCUGUUGAGGAGGGAGUGCCAGCCUCUUACUGCCUCCUGGACCAUGCAGUCAGGUCAGGUGAGGCAACUAUUCAAACUCCCCCUUACCUAGUGCCAAUAACAUCACCCAUUGGAUUAUAACCUGGCUGCUCCUUCACCAAUGGUCUACCAGUUACAGGAAAAGGACAGUUCCGUUUGGCCCUUAGAGUAGCCCUUAGUGCUAGUCGAGUCACCAGGGUGCAUGCACAUCUGAUAUGCCCCAGAAUGCCAGCUGCCAUUGCAUCCUCUUUGCAGCCAUAGCAGCAACCCCAAUUCAGAAAGAAUGAGAGGCAAAGCUCCCAAGAAGUAGCCCAGUGCAGACACUAUACUGCAGAAAACUCCAGUGAAUUCAAACUGUUCAAGAGGAAACCGCACAGAGUGCUUAAUAAAGGACUCUCCUCCAGAUACUUCUUGAUGAUCAUUCAGUCAAGGCAAUCCCUACAGACCUCAGCAAAGAUCUGCAAAUGGGAUGCUGCCCCCUUGUCACGCUAAUGUGAACAGUAAGCUCUGUGAAUAGCAUCUAAAUACUUUACCAAAGGUGCCCACUCCACAACUGUGUCUGCACCCUCCCAAAUAAUACAUCAUAACAAUUAUCCUAGUUCCUCCUUGCCAUGAAUCUUGCACGGCUUAGCAUUCCUCAGUUUAGUGGUAAGCACCCUAUAUGUAAGAGUGAAUUCAUCUACUUAUUCCCUCUGAUUUGGUCACUUGAAGCAAAUGACAACCUGUAACUAGGAGGACCUUUAACCCUCAGUGUCCCCAGAACCCAGGUCUAUCCUUCUACCUGCAAAGGAACCGUGAUCUGUCCAGAAUGUUGUGCUUCACCCCAUACCAGCUCUAAAAACUCCCAAGUAGCAUACCUGGUGAAAAUACUAGAGAGAAGACAGAGCAAGGUUGCUUGCAGAUAACGCACCACUGUUACUUUCUGUCCAGGUAACAGAACCUCCCGCCCAAGAGAACAAAAUAGGCAAUGGCACGUGAAUUCCUGCUGGCUGCAGAUCUGUGUGGGCUGCCCUUAUCAGCCCCCAAAGUCUUAGGACUGUUGUGGCCACCUGCACUGCUACUACUGCCACAGCCACUCACUGUGCCUGCUCAAGAACAUCCAAAAGUAACCACAUCAAUCAAAAAGCAAAGCAGAACAUCGCUGCCUGACAGAUUCAGAUUAUGUGAUGUGCCUCCACUGCUGAGACUGGUUGCUCUUUUUCCAGAAGUGGUAUACAUAGUUCUCUCCCUCCUCAUUAAUUAGCACAGCAACCCUGUGAGGUAGGUUAGGAUGAGAGGCAGUGUUUGGCCCAAGGUUACUCAGCGAGCUUCAUGAGUGGGGAUUUAGUCUCACACCCUAACCACUACACUCACUGGCUGUCAUUUUUAUGCACUUGUUUCCCUAAUAUACAUACUUUGUACACAUUCAUUUGGGUUGGGGGACUUCAAAGGAUUUCCGUUUUGAAGGAUACCUAGGUUUUGGUUCACAUAUUGUUUCAGGAAGUGUAUAUUACCUAGAUUUUUAUUUAGAUGUGAACCAAACAAAAAAAUUUCCCGUUGCUAUCUGUAAUGGUUCUAGGGGUUGCUCGUGCGUAAGCCGGUGCAAACACCCGGCUGGGUUGCCUGAGUGAACCUUUCCUGUCCGGACAGCCACUCACCCGUGGCUGUCUCAAUCACUGGCAGAAUCCGUCAGUGGGCGUUUCUUAAACUUCUUCCAGCAAAGAAGCUCUUUGACACCUAGUCUCCUCCUACUCUCUCUGCACGAAAGCCUUCUGCGCAAGGAGGGCGUAGGCCUCUCCCCGCUGGUCCCCGGCAAGGAGUCAUGGCACCGCCUCGCCGCUUCCCCCAUCUGCCCCCCUUCUCCACUGGUGCUACGCUGAUUCUCUUCCCCAGAAGAUGGGCUGCCUCUCCCACUCCCGGGACGCUCUCCGGAAUCCCUCUGGAUUUUGCUCUCUCCCUCCGGUACUGAUAGCAGUUCCCUGACAUCCACCUCCUCCUCAGGACCCCACCCCCACCCCUGGCGCGAUUUUCCUGUACAACCUCCUCUCUCUCCUCGGUCGACGAUGCGGGGAAUCCCCUGAAGGAACUGUCAUCAUCUUCUGAGGAUUCAGAACCAGCCUCCCAUCUGCUUGGACUUCUUCCCGCUGGUUGAACCUCCCAGUCUGAUCCUUCUCCCUCGGACACCUCCCCUCCCUCCUCUUCAGAGGCAGGAAAACCCACAAAGUCCCCUUCGUCGUCUGUGGGUCCAAAUUCUUCCUCCCAGAAUCUAGCUAAUGGUUUGGGCUUCUCCGGGAACAAACCGUGGAAUUCUUCCACCAGAUACCUGUCAGUGAUUGAUUCAGCAGGGACCCAAGUGUUUUCAGACCUAGGUUCCCCCUCCCAGGCUACCAAGUACUCUACCUUGCCACCUUGAAUCGAGUAUUUCCGUGGCUUCGUUACAGUGUUCCCUCUCCUCUACCCCCGGGUGGGUGGUAAUCCCUCCCUCCCGUCCCGGGAAUUCCCGCCCCUCCCUGUAAGGUGAAAGUAGGGACCUAUGGAACACCGGAUGUAUCUUCAUGCUGUCAGGCAACUUGAGUUUAAAUGCCACUGGGUUAACCUGUAUUACCUCAAAAGGCCCCAGCCCCCUAGGCUGCAACUUCUUGCACCCUCCCUUUAGGGGUAACCCUUGGGAUGACAACCACACCCGGUCUCCCACCCGUAUGGCCUCCCCCUCCCGAUGGUGCCUGUCCGCCUGCCUCUUGUAAACUUCCUUGGCCCGCUCCAAGUUCAGCCUGAGUUGCUGGUGUAAGGCCUCCAUUUCUUCUACCCAUUGCUCAGCCGCAGGUACACUCCAUCCUUCCUCCCCCCACCCCAGGAAGGCCCUGGGGUGACACCCGUAAUUGGCCAUGAAAGGGCUCAUUCCCAUGGACACGUGUUCAGCGUUAUUGUACGCAAAUUCAGCCAAAGCUAAUUUCUCUACCCAAUCGUUCUGUCUCUCGCUGACAUAGCAGCGUAGGUACUGCUGGAGUAUACCGUUCGCCCUUUCGGCUUGUCCGUUGGUUUCUGGAUGCCUCACCGUCGAGAAGCUCACCUCGACCUCUAGCAAGCUCAUGAGUCUCCGCCAGAACCGGGAAGUAAAUUGUUUCCCGCGAUCUGAGAUUACCCUCAAUGGAGCCCCAUGCAGUCUAAAAAUGUGAUCCACAAACAGCCUGGCUGUCUCCUCUGCUGUUGCUGCAUGUGAGCAAGCUACGAAAUGGCACAUUUUAGUCAGUAGAUCGACCACUACCAUGACCGCUGUCUUUCCCCUUGACUUGGGCAGAUCUGUCAUGAAAUCAAUGGACACCACCUCCCAGGGCCUUUCCGGUGUCGGUAAGGGUUCCAGUAGCCCCGCGGGGGCGGGCCUUUCCCCCUUUGCCCUCUGGCAUCGGUUGCACCCUCGUACAUAUUCUCGUACGUCUUCCCUCACCUUUGGCCACCAGAACUGCCUGGUGACAAGUAGCAUGGUCUUGUGCUGUCCAAAGUGCCCAGCUGUUGGGUUGCCAUGGAGUUGUCUAAGUACCUUCCCCCUCAAAGUCUCCCCUGGUACAUACAGUGCCCCCUUAUAGUACAGUAGUCCUUCCUUUUCCUCAAACCCUCCAUUGACUUCCUUUCCGUCCCUGAGUUCCCUGAUUUUUGUCUGAGCAAACUCAUCGUCUCUGGUGAGCCCUGCCAGUUCUCGUUUCCCAACCAACGCUCCCCCCCACACACCGGUCCUCGGGGAACACGUGCCUGGUCUCUGGUGGCCCCUCUCCUUCCAUGUACUCCGGUUUCCGGGAGAGAGCAUCUGCCCUUACGUUUUCCUCUCCCGGCACGUAUCGGAUCUCGAAGAAAAACUUGGCAAACUCCUGAGACCAUCUGAUCUGUCUCUGGUUGAGCACUCGCGCGGUCCACCAGUAUUCCAAGUUCUUGUGGUCAGUUUGGACCUGGAUCUUGUGCCGCGCCCCUGUCAAUAGAUGUCUCCAUUGCCGAAAUGCCGCAUAGAUCGCAAGCAGUUCUCGGUCAUACACCGUGUAGUUUUGCUCCGACUUGCUCAGCUUCCUAGAGAAAAAGGCACACGGCAUCCAGUUCUGCUUGGCCCCGGGCUGCAAAAGGACCGCUCCAAUCGCGCGGUCGGACGCGUCCGUCUCCAGUCUCAUGGGCUUCUCCGGAUCCACGUGCAGGAGCUGCUCUUCCGAGGCGAACGCCUUCUUCAGUUUUUCAAAGGAUUGCUGCGCAUCCUCUGUCCACGCGAACUUCUUUUUGCUACUAAGACAAUCCGUUAUGGGCGCUGUCAAGUGAGCGAAGUUCUUUAUGAACUUCCUGUAGAAGUUGCUGAAGCCUAGGAAUCUCUGCACAUCCUUUCUGUUUUUGGGGGCUUUCCAUUCCAGCACUGCCUUCACUUUGCCCGGAUCCAUGGCUAGUCCUUUGUCUGACAACCUGUACCCCAGGAACUCGACCUCCCUGGCGUGGAAUUGGCAUUUUUCCAGCUUGACCCACAACUGAUGCUUCUUCAAUCUCUGUAGCACCUCCCUGAUGUCUCUGACGUGUUGCUUUUCAUUGUCCGAAUAGAUUAAGACGUCAUCCAAAAAGGCUACGCAAUUCUUGUACAGCAGGGGCCCCAACACAUGGUGCAUGAAGGCUUGAAAGCAGGAGGACCCCGAUUGUAAUCCAAAUGGCAUGACUAAGUACUCAAAAGCCCCCAGGGGGGUGAACAUGGUCGUUUUCCAUUUGUCCCCCUCCCUUAUCCUAAUCAGAUUGUAUGCUCCCCUGAGGUCCAGCUUGGUAAAAAUCUUCCCCUGCCUCACACGUGUCAAAAUAUCAUCAAUCCUGGGCAUUGGGAAAGUCAUGGGUUCUGACACCAGGUUUAGGGCCCGGUAAUCCACAACUAAUCUGGGCUGAUUAGUCUCUUUUUUGUCCACAAAGAACACUGGACUGCCCCCCACCGCCUUUGAUUCCCUUAUGAAACCUCUCUUCAGGUUCUUGUCAAUAAACUGCCGCAACUCCUGCAUCUCCCGGUCGGACAUGGCAUACAGCUUACCCACCGGCAACUGAGCCCCUGGAAGCAGGUUGAUUUGGCAGUCAAAUGGCCUGUGGGGGGGCAGUCUGCCUCCCUCUCGCUGAAGACCUCCUUCAAAUCAGCAUAUUGUGUUGGCACCUCCCUCUUUUGCUCCAGGGCCACCCCAGCCACCCUGGCCACAGUCCAUUUUGGUUCCUUCCCUCCCAGACAGUGUUCUGAGCAGUAAGCUGACCCAAAGGUGACCGACCGCUGAUGCCAUGACACCACUGGGUCAUGUAUUGCCAGCCAGCUCAUUCCCAGUAUUAUCGGGGGUCCUGCCAGCGUGGCCACGUGAAAGGCAAUGGUUUCCGUGUGCCUGGAGACACUCAUUCACAUUGGCGGUGUCUGGUGUGUCACUUCCCCUCCCAGGAGUUCCCUGCCAUCGAUGGUGGUCACCUGCAAGGGAAAAUCUAGUGGCAACAGGUGGAGCUGGUGCUCCAGAGCGAAGUCUCUGCUGAAGAAAUUACACGAGCUGCCAGAAUCUAGCAGCCCCUCCACUUUGACGGGGUGCCCAUUUGGGAGUUCUAGCACCACCUCUAUGGCUAUAGCUGCCUUGGGAGGGUCAGGCUGGGGCACUUCUAUUGGUUGCUGGCCUGGCUGCUGCCCCUGCUGGUUGGCAGCCAGGCGUUGUCGUUUCCCGGCACCAGCUCUUCCUCCCCCUUAUCGUCAUGGCCUGCAGCCCCCAUCAUGCCUUGCCAGGCUUUUCGUUGAGGGCAGACCUUUGCAAUGUGUCCCGGUUGCUGACAGAGGAAACACUUCUUGGUAGUUUUCCACUCCUUUUUCCGCCCUUCCCCAGCGUUAGAAACUUCGCGCGCGCGCGCUCCAUCAAUUUCCAUCGGCUCCGCCGCCUGGGAAGGCUCCCUUGCUUGCACCCCAUCAGCUCCCUCCGUGUCACGCUUUGCUCAAUCUCGCUGGAGAACAUCGCGUCCAUUGCGAGGUAGAAUUUCUUAAGAUCUUUCAAAGCGUCAUUCCCCGUUGCCAUCAAGGGCCUGAUCCAUUCGUGCGCCCCAUCCUGCAGAUGUCCAAAUGUAAGCCACCCUCUCCCCGUCAUCCACAAAGUCGUUUUUCUGCAAUUCCAAAGCGUACUGAAUUUCCGUUCGGAAGGCAUUGUAGUCUUGGGGCUUUCCACCAAACUUGUGUACCAGCCCCGGGACCUUCCUCCCUAUCGGGGUGGCUCUGACCUGUGCAUCCUGAGCCUGUCUCUCCUCCAGCCGCGCAGACAGGGUAGCGACAUGCGUCUCCAGGUCUCGGUUCCUCUCGACCUGAACCUCGCACCAUGGCUUCUUGCUCUGUCUCUCCGGACGGCCCUGUUUGGCUCAUCGUGCUGCCUCUCCUGUGCUGCACACGAGCAACAUCAGGGACUGACGGAUUGCUGUAAUGGUUCUAGGGGUUGCUCGUGCGUAAGCCGGUGCAAACACCCGGCUGGGUUGCCUGAGUGAACCUUUCCUGUCCGGACAGCCACUCACCCGUGGCUGUCUCAAUCGCUGGCAGAAUCCGUCAGUGGGCGUUUCUUAAACUUCUUCCAUCAAAGAAGCUCUUUGACGCCUAGUCUCCUCCUACUCUCUGCGCGAAAGCCUUCUGCGCAAGGAGGGCGUAGGCAGCGGAGGACCUCUACUCUCCCCGCUGGUCCCCGGCAAGGAGUCAUGGCGCCGCCUCGCCGCUUCCCCCAUCUGCCCCCCUUCUCCACUGGUGCUACACUGAUUCUCUCCCCCAGAAGAUUGGCUGCCUCUCCCACUCCCGGGACGCUCUCGGGAAUCCCUCUGGAUUUUGCUCUCUCCCUCCGGCACUGACGGCAGUUUCCUGACACUAUCCUAGGUAACAUUUUCACACUGAAGUACCUAUCCUUCUUGAAGAAGAUAUCAGUGUUUACCAGUUCAGUGAGAUUAAAGAAAUCAAAGUUAAUAGCGGUAGCUGUAAAAUGAGUAUCGGUAGUUUUGCUCUCUAUAAUGGAAGGUGCAGAAAAUUAUAUUGUUCCUAAUUUACCUUCCAUUCCCCCUCCUCCCAUGAGCAAGUAGUUCUACUAAAUGUUCAGUGCAGCAGAGUUGCCUCUUGAAACAUAACACUUGGACCAUGAGGAAUAAUCCAUGUGCCUUGCCAUUGUGUGAGAUUAAUUUACACAGCUUGUCAACUUGGCACGGAGCCCACAUUCUUCAGGAAUCACUUCAGCAUGCAAAAAUUAAUUAUGGAGAAGUAAAUAUUUUAGUUGCCAGUAAACACACACACACAUUGCAAUAAGAAAAACAAUAAAAUACUGAGAGUUGAUUGCUUUUGACUGUCUCUAAUCAUUCCCAUUAGUGUCCAGGUUAAAAGCUUCACAUAGACUUUAUUUUGAGGCAAAUAAAAAUGAAUGAUAGUGAAAACAUGCUAUAAGGUAAUUAAUUCAGAAUGGAACAUUUAAGUAUAACAUGUUCAGUUUUCUGACUAUGGAUGCUUAUAUAUCCAAGCCACCACCAUCUAUGUAAAGAGAGGUGCAUAAGUGAGCUUGGCCUGGAGCCCCUGUAACAAAGAAGUGAACUCAUUGGUGGAUUAUAAUAGUAGGGCAUUUGUUGUGGUCAUGAGGUUUUGGACACAGAUUUAUUAAUGUAACUUUUCACGUAGUAUGUAUCUUUAGCACCUGCUUUUAAUAGGUUGAUCCUUAAGACUGAUUCAAAAUGUUCCACUUAAAGCAUUUCUUAGUCUCUUUCCAUUGGGUGUGAGAGAGACAGAAAUGCAGCUUUAAGAACUUUUGGGUGUUUAAAUUGGCUAUGGAGGAAAGUGGAUUCAAAAUUGGUUGCAAUGAAGGUUGGCUACAGCUUGUGAUCUUUGAGGAGAGAGCUUUAACCACAAGCCUAGCUUUGGCUGAUAUUCUAAGCCAAACCUUGGCUUAGUACAGCACAGUACAGGAAUAAAGACUGGGGAGGGACACAGCAGCUGCACUCUCCUCUUUGGGAGCCUUUACAUUUAUGCAAUCCUGGUAAGUCAUAGUUUGCCUUACUGUGACACGUGAAUCAAGGGAGUAGAAUCUGAUAGUUACACUCUUUAACUAGUUCUGGGGAGGGGGGGGAUGUCCAAAAGACUUUGGAAUUGAAUGUCUUUUCUUCCUUCUCCAUUUGUUCUUAAAAUUAUUUCCUUUAGUAUUCUCUAAAGAUACUAGAACAAUAUUAUUGGGGAUAACAGAUUUUUGUUCCCAGUUCUUUAGAUAACAGUUCAGAAGGAAACAAUCUGUCCCUCACUUCCCCAUGUUUUAAGUUCUGUACUGUGAACCCUUUUAUUUGGUGGUAAUGGAACACUGAUUUGGACAGACAGGCAGAAGUGUGAUCUGCACAAAAACCAUGCUAUAAAUAUGAGAUUUCAUGUGGCAAGAUGCCAUCUCAAAGUCUAAAGCACUCAGAAUUCCAAGAUGGAGCUCUAUUGUUAAGAGUCAGCAUCUCCUUGAAAGCAGAAAGUACUAAAAUGGUAAAGAUAAAUGGUAAAGAGACGUGGGUGGCACUGUGAUCUAAACCACUGAGCCUCUUGGGCUUGCUGAUCAGAAGGUUGGCAGUUCGAAUCUCUGUGACAGGGUGAGCUCCCGUGGCUCUUUCCCAGCUUCUGCCAACCUAACACUUCAAAAGCAUACCAGUGCAAGUUGAUAAAUAGGUAUCACUACGGUGGGAAAAUAAAUGGCAUUUCUGUGCGCUGUGGUGUCUGUCAUGAUGUUCCCCUGUGCCAAAGCGGUUUAGUCAUCCUGCCCACAUGACCCAGAAAGCUGUCUCUGGACCAAUGUCUGCUUCCUUGGCCUGAAGCAAGAUGAAGUCGCCUUUGACUGGACUUAACCGUCCAUGGCUUCUUUACCUUUACCUCUUCUAAAAUGGGCGCUAAUAUUAAGAUGUGGCUCAUAGCAGAGACUUUUGCAAGAACUGUGGAAACUGUAGAAGUUACAAUCAAGAAAAUAGUACUGCAGAGAGUGUUUCACAAGUUUGAAAAAUCCCUACAUUGCAUGCAUAUAAUUCAUGAAUAAACAAAGCCCUUCUUUACACCAGAGUGUAAAGCACCACUCACACAUGAACUAUAAACAGCAUAGUCAACACAGCAUGGUCAACACUAUUUAAAGUUUAACUAUAGGUAGAGAGCAUUAAUCAGGCUGUAGCGGUGCCUGGGAGAAAAUAUAUAUAGUUAAGUCUGUACAUCUCAGGGAAGCAGCAUAAAAUGUGUUGCAGGAACCUGGACCAUCUUCUUGUUCUAUUAGGCAAACUGCAUGUAACAGUGACUGUACUGAGGUGCAUCAUUGCUUUAAUGAAAAAUUGUGGAAGUUAUACACAAGCUCCACCUUUGCAAUAGAGAUGUUGCAGUCCUAUUAUAUGAAUCUGUCUUAUUAUUUUAUUUAUUUAUACUAUGGCUUUGCUAUUCAAGUGACAACACUCUCUCAAGGAAGCAAUAGAAUUCCUCAAGGCUUCAGUUAAGGAAAUGAGUGAAUUGGCAGUCAUUGUAUGAAAGUGCAAUGUGAUUUAAAAAUGUGAUUAAGGGUUACAAGCAUGGCCUUAUAGCAAAAUGUGGCAGUUCUGUUCAGGUUGCCAGCCACUCCAUUUGUUCUCCCUCCCCAUUUCCCGUUUUUGUCCUAUUUUGUGCCCUCUGAAUAUGCGCCCUGUUUUUUUCCUUUUUCUAUUUUGGGUUCCCUUCCAUUUUUUAUUCUUUUUUAAAUUUGGGUGGGGCAAAUGGACAUACAUUUGCCUAAUUCCAGGUAUGUUAGAACUACAUACUCUAACCCUCCACUUUGAUAGGAGUGAAAUGCUGCCACAUGCACGUGAAGUGGAAGAGGAAAUGAUUCCUGGAGGGGUGAUCAGAGAACAAGAGUUGGUUCACAACAACUGGAGAGUUGGAUAAUGCUGGGGGACCACUCUACAGAGUCUUCCACUACACAGUCCCCAUCUUAGCCAUAGUGUUAUCAGCAGUCAUGCUGCUGGCUCUAAUGCACUCAGAAAAAUGGCAGCCCUCAAACAAAGUUUGCAUUACGUAAUGACAAUAUAGAAUCUAAAAUAAUACACCUCAGUUGUGUUGAUAAACCUGACUUUGUAUACAAAUCACCAUCUGCAAAUGAUCAGGACCUAUAAUAUUCUCUAUUGAUAUCUGAAAAAAAUAUUAUUAUUUCCAGGUCAGAAUUGCAAGGGCUGGCCAUAUGGGGAGUGUUAGUGGGAAAGGAGCAUGUUUGGUUCCUUUCCUGGUCAUGCAGCGAAAGUGAACCCUUUUGUUUCUACUUAUAAGUGGAUGAUUGUUAUUUGCUGUUAAGAAAAAAAACCUAUGGCCCCGGGAACACCGUCCCUAUAGUUAUAAUGACUGUUAGCGUGCUAAGUUAGUGAACAAUAAUUGUUGUAUUUAUUAAGGGCUCUUGUAUUUUGACUUUACAAAUGAUUUACAAAAAUUUUACAAAAACAAAACAGUAUUCUGGUAACUUAAAUUAAGUUAUAAAAAUGUAAUAGCCAUCUAAAUGAUCAAAUCAGUACAGUGGUACCUUGGGUUACAGACGCUUCAGGUUACAAACUCUGCUAACCCAGAAAUAGUACCUCGGGUUAAGAACUUUGCUUCAGGAUGAGAACAGAAAUCACGCGACGGCGGCAGCGGGAGUCCCCAUUAGCUAAAGUGGUACCUCAGGUUAAGAACAGUUUGAGGUUAAGAACGGACCUCCAGAGCGAAUUAAGUUCUUAACCCGAGGUACCACUGUACAUAAAAAAUCAUCUUACACUGUGUGUGUUCUUGUUUUCCUAAGCAGUUUGGGAACUCCAACAAUAUUAUGACGUUCUUUUUGAGUUUCUUUAACUGCAACACUAUUGUCCCACUAUUGUACAUCUUGAUGUGGCAUGUGUGGUGAAUUUAGAGGAAGAGUUUUAUUUACUUACUUACAUGCACAGAAUUUAUAUACUGUAUAUUUAUAUACUGUGAAACUUCAAAGCAGUUUAAAGGGAAGCUUGUAUAUAACCAAAAACAUAUGUCUGUUACAUGUAAAAAUAUACUUUGGCAUCUUUCUUUGCAGGUUGUUCAGCAACAGUUAUGAACUCUCGGUUACGAGCACUAGGUGGGAGAAUAAAUAACAUUCGAGCAUCAGAACUACCAAAGGAACGGACCCGAUCUGAGAUCAUUUGCAGUGUCCGCUUUUUGGAUGGCUCAAUGCAAAGCUUCAAAGUUAGUGUAAGUCUUGGGAUUUUGAAAUGUGUGAUAUCUGUAAAGCAUGGGGCCCCUGUGUUUUGGGGUUUCUGGUCCAAUUUGGAAACUUGAGAAAUUGUUGCAUAUCAGAUAUUUGAUCCUUCACUGCACAACAUCAACUUCACAAGAGCAAAUUGGUUCUGAAAAACUGCUGCUAAAACUCUUUGUUUUCCUUCCUUUUCCAAGUUUGGCAUGGUAACAUCCUUAAUAGAUGGUUUCUUGAAGCAGGCAAAUACAACAUCUGUUGUGGUGCAACAUUCAUUGAAACUGGAAAAGAUACUCACUUUAAGCAAGUCUGCUUAGUCUUCAAAGGUCACUACAUCCUUGGGUUUCCCAUGGUCUGAAUUACUGCCAUACCAUCCAUUACAGAACAUGUUAGAAUCCAGGUUUCUUUCAAACCUAGCUGUGAAAUAUUCUCUUCCUUUAGCCAGUGAUAGUGGCAUAGUCCACAUCUCUUGCUUCAAGAGGUUAAUGACAUCAAUAGACCUGCCAGCAUCUAUGGAUGAAAGGUCACAAUCAGUUCAGAUAGCUGAGGUAUGUUUUGUUUUUUUUAAUGCUAACUGCACUGCAUAUAUGGAAGAAAUAUUUUGAUAACUUUUUCUUUGGAUUUGGUGCAUGUAGGUUGACAGUUUAUCAGCGACAAAUGUCUGCAGUUUUUUAUUUAUGUGCAUUCAGCACAUCAUGUGUAAUUGGCUCUUGGGGAAUGUCUGGUGAUUGAAUCAUGCAAUGUCUAUAGCUUUUACCAUUGAGAGUAUUGCAUUAUCUAACCCGGAAGAUCUGAAUGAUUUUCGUCCAGUAGCACUCACACCUAUAAUCAUGAAGUGCUUUGAAAAGCUGGUACGAAAUUAUGUCAUUGCCUGCCUACCAGAGGGACUGGACACAUUCCAAUUUGCUUAUAAAACGAAAAGAUCGACAGAGGACGCUGUGGCGAUUGCCCUCCAUGCCGUCCUUGCACAUUUGGAGCAGCGGGGGUUAUGCCAGACUGCUUUUUUAGAUUUCAGCUCGGCAUUUAAUACCAUUCUACCACAACGUCUGAUGUCUAAACUGGAAGAUCUGGGGCUUCCGUUAUCACUUUGUGGGUGGAUAUUGGACUUUUUGUCAGACCGCCCCCAGAGGGUUUGGUUGGGCCCCUAUACCUCUAAUAUGCUCAAGACUAACAUAGGAACACCACAGGGAUGCGUACUCAGUCCGCUCCUUUAUAUUCUCUACACGUACGAUUGUGUCGCUACUCACCCUAGUAAUAGGGUUGUCAAAUUUGCAGAUGACAACCGUGAUUGGGCUCAUCCCUGAAAGGGAGGGUGAAACGGAUUAUAGAGAUGAGGUGGAGCGGCUGACAGAGUGGUGCAGAGCUAACAACUUGCUCAUAAAUACAAGGAAGACAAAGGAGCUUGUGGUGGACUUCAGAAGACAGAAGAGCAACGUCCAGCCACUUUCCAGCCACUUUUGAUUGAUGGGGUCUGUGUGGAGAGGGUAACAACGUUCAGAUUUUUGGGCAUUGAAUUACAAGAGGAUCAGUCCUGGAGUGUCAACACAAGGGGGCUUGUGAAGAAGGCGCAGCAGAGACUGUACUUUUGAGAAUACUAAGGAAAAACCAUCUUCCGCAGAAACUGCUGCUUGCCUUCUAUCACUGUGCCAUUGAGAGCGUGCUCACUUAUGGCUUAUGUGUGUGGUAUGGAAGCUGUACUACCCAGGACAGAAUGGGGUUGUGCAGGGUUGUUAAGGCAGCAGAGAGCAUUGUUGGCUGCCCACUCUCCACCUUAGAGCAGAUUUAUGCCACAAGGUGCCAUAGGAAGGCACUGGACAUAGUAAAAGAUCCAUCGCAUCCUGGUCACUGUCUCUUCGAGCUCUUGCCGUCGGGACGGAGAUACAGGACGAUGAAGACAAGAACGAGCCGUCUUAAGAACAGCUUCUUCUCCAGAGCGAUCUCGGCCCUGAAUGGGAAGCCCGGACUUUGAAAGUCAUCUAAUCUCCCUUGCUGUAUUAUACUGUAUUGAUUAAUUAGUGUUUUUAUGGAGCAGUCAAGUAAUUUCGUUGUCCCCGAAGGGGGCAAUGACAAUAAAGAUAUUAUUAUUAUUAUUAUUAUUAUUAUUAUUAUUAUUAUUAUACUGGACAACUUGGACAGGUCCUUGAAAUGAAGCUUCUGUCUUACUUGUGCCAAAACUGGGUUGGAAAAUGGUAUGUAGGCCAGGAAUAUCAACAUGUCAGCUAGUCUGAUAGUUCAGUUCUGAUAUUUCUUUCCCAUGGACACUUCUGUGGAAAGGAACUGUUUGAGAUGCAUGGAAGGUCCCCUUCCCACCUGUUAUUUCCUCAAAAUUAGAAGGUCCACUUCCCAGCCUCUGUUGUCAUUAACGUGUCUCAUGUAGCCUGAAAGCAAAUCAUGUCUGAAAUUCAUUGGGACAAUUAUAUUUCCAUGUGCUAAGAAUCUUGGGGGUUAUUGCUGCUGUUACGGUACUUUUCUGGGGUUAUUGCUGCUGAGACAGUACUUUGAACACACUCAAUAUUGAAUGUGGACCAAGAUACCUGCCAAGUGACAACUUUAUAAUGCAAUGUGCAGAUUUGUUUAAAAUUGAGAAAAUUGUUGGAUAGUAAGGAGCUCAUCAUCCUGUUGUGGCAUAUUCUGUUCCUUAGAAGUCUCUUCUGGUUCAUAUGCUAAUCAGAGAGAAAGCUCAGAAUGUGAAACCAAUAUAUCCUUAGAAUCAUAGAAUUGUAGAGUUGGAAGGGACCCUGAGGAUCACUGAGCCCAGCCCCCUGCAAUGCAGGAAAAUGCAGUUGUCCUAUAUGGGGAUCAAACCUGCAACCUUGGUGUUAUCAGCACCACGCCCCAGCCAACUAAGCUAUCCGGACUCCUUGAUAAGGAUGGGUGCUCAAACCCAGCUUCCAGGUACUGCUUUCGUACUUAGAUAUGGAGUUAACCCUGCCCUUACCAUCACUUUGAAGUCAAUGCAUAGUUAAAGCGCUUGUCGUAGCUCCAAGCCUCAGUCACGAAACUCGGACUCUCAGCUCAAGGAAACCUGCAAGCUUUGUUCAAAAAGUCAGUGCAUGGUCUCAGCAUUAGUACACAGUUCUUAAGUCUAUAAGCAGAGCUCUAAAACUAAUAGCCAAAUCAGUAGCUGAGAUGUCCCAACACUUGACAUGCCCUUCCUGCUCAACUGUUGAAGAGUGGGACAGAAACUUGACUCAAGUGAGAAGAUUGUGCUUGCAAGUGCACUCCUGCUGGAGGACCAGUACUGUUGUGCUGAUGCAGUUGGCAGCAUAUCCUUAGCAACAGGACCUGAGUCACAAUGGGACCCAUGAUAGCACUUACUGUGGAACUGUUAGGACAUCAGAUGAGUUGUUGAGUGCCAGAAUGCUUCAGAAACGGAGGCAGAGCAGUGUGGAAAGUUAUUUCUUUUGAUAUAAAAUAUUUGGUUGGUACUUGGUUGGAGCAUUAUUUCCUUUCCCUUCUUAAAAUUUAAAAAGAUGUCUGGAUAUGCUCUCAGGCUAUUUGAAUGUUGACCUGUUGAUUUUUAAUUUUUUUUAAAGAAACACAUUCUUUAGACAUAGUAUUCAUGUAGGAGAUGGUUGCUAACUAAUGAGCUAGUAUAGGUCUGCUUACAGGAGGUGUGCUUGUAUACAGCAUCCCCCCCCCCAAAAAAAACAAUUCUGUUUAUAUGUAAUACAGGUACAUAUUCAUUUUUGAACUGUGUCUAGCUCUAUGCAGGUUUCUUGUUCACAUAAUCAGGUGCUGGAAGGCUUCUUUGGAGAGGUUUGUGACCUCCCCUCUUCCCCGAAACCCCGUUAUUUAGGAGAAAUGUUAUGGAAUAUUAGGAGGAAUAUUAUGGCAUUUUUAAGACUGCACAUUUAAGCCCACUUUGUCAGUCUGCUGAAUGCACCUCAUGAAGGCAGCUGUAGCCUACAAAUAGUUGUUUUGUUUAUGCCAGAAACAUAAACAUACGGUAAAUCUGACAUCUCCUUGUUGUUUUAUUCUGAUUAAUCUCCAUUACUGGAGUCCCAUUAUCUGUAUUUACACAAGAAAACACUCUUGAGAGGACAUGGCAUCCAUCAAGGGAGAGAGGGUUGAUGGUGCUUACAUUAAUCUUUUAAAGUUUUAAGAAGUUCUCAAAUUCUGGAUAUUAAAAGGAUUUCUCCAAUGAAAUUAGGGAUGUCCUAAGGAAAUUUAUAUAGCUUGUCAUAGUAAAUAUGGCAUCCCAGGUGCCCAGAACCUUUCAUGUAACAGGAUUUUGAAGGCUCAGCUAUACAGGCAGUCCUGCAAAAAAUAUUAUCUUGUGAAUGGAGUGUUCAUAAGCACGCUGCUGGAGAGGUAAAAAAAAAAUUGUUUGAGAAUUAGUUAAUCUGGUGGAAGAAAGUGAGCAGGCUCUGGCUUGUGGCUGAGUUAUAAACUGUUUAUGAAGAGAGCUUGACAUUCAAUUUAAUAAUGAUAGCAGUUCUUCCAUUUAUUCCUAGUAGUAAUUUCCCUUUUAUAUGUAAAUGUUAGUGAAAUUACAUUUUUAAAGCACUCUGUGUGGCAAAGAUUAGCUUUCUAAAUACUUUUACUUUAACUUUGCAGAAACAAGAUACUGGUCAGGUGUUGUUGGAUUUAGCCUUUAAUCAUUUGGGUGUGACAGAGAAGGAAUAUUUUGGUUUGCAGCACUGUGAAGACUCAGCAGAUUCAACAGUAAGGAAACAUACAUUCAAGAUUUUUUUAAAAAAAAAUGUAGUCAGAAAGCUUCCUAACUUUGUUUUUUUAAAAAAUAUUUGCAGAGAUGGCUUGAAUCUGGUAAACUUGUUCGGAAACAGCUAAAAGGUAAUGCUUUAAAAUUUCUUGCUUUAAAAUCUCAUAUGACUUGGGAUUCUAGUAUAAUGAGAGAGUGAGAAAAAAAUUCUCUCUGUCCACUUUUUCAACUUGCUGCGUAAUUCAUGCCCCACUUUGCCUUUUCUAUAAAAUAAAGCCCCUUUCCUCCAUAGGGUAGUUGCUUCAGACCCAUAAUAAUUCUGGUCUAUUAUUUCUGAACUUCAGUUCUAUAUUAUCCUUGCUGAGGUGUGGUGGCCAGAACUGUACACAUUAUUCAAAGUGUUAAUAGAAAUAUAGAAUUGUAGAGUUGGAAGGAACCUAGUUCAACCCCUUGCAAUGCUAAAGCAUCCAUGACAGGUGGCCACCCAACCUUUGCUUAAAAACCUCCAAUGAAGGCUUUCCCAUAACCUCACAAGGGAGUCCGUUCUACUGUCUAACAGCUCUUACUGUCAGAAAGAUAUUCCUGAUGUUUAGUCAGAAUCUCUUUCCUUGUAACUUGAAUCCAUUGGUUUGUGUCCCAACUUCUGGAGUAGGAGAAAACAAGCCUGCUUGUUCCAUGUGACAGUUCCAUGUGAUAUUAGAAGAUAUUAGAAGAUGACUAUCAUUUCUUCUCUCAGUCUCCUCUUUUCCAGGCUAAACACACCCAACUCCCUCAAACAUUUGUCUUAAGGCUUGGCCUCCAGACCCUUGAUCAUUUUGGUUGACCUCUUUUGCACAUGCUCCAGCUUGUCAGUAUCCUUCUUAAAUUGUGGUGCCCAGAACUGUAUACCACGUGUGGUCUGUCUAAGGCAGAAUAGAGUGGUACUAUUGCUGCGGGAGGCAGUGGAAGACAGGAGUGCCUGGCAUGCUCUGGUCCAUUGGGUCACGGAAGAGUUGGACACAACUAAACGACUAAACAACAAUAACAUUGCCUCCCUUGAUCUGGAUACUAUACAGUGGUGCCUCGCAAGACGAAAUUAAUUCAUUCCGCGAGUUUUUUCGUCUAGCGAAUUUUUUGUCUUGCGAAGCACGAAAUCCCAUAGGAAUGCAUUGAAAUCCAAUUAAUGCGUUCCUAUAGUAAAAAAAAGUCCAAACAAAGCCAAAUUUGGUACAACAAGAGUUUAUUAAGUGCUCUUUAAAGUCACACAUACUGUAAAGAGCAUUUCAAAAAUUGAAGGAACAAUAAAUUAAGUUUCUAAACAUGACAGAAAAACAUUUAAAAAUCAACAAAGUGUACAGUACAUUUUCUAAGACUCUGGGGGACAACUCGAAGAAGGUUCCUCUUCCACUCUUUGCUUCUUGCUGAAGAACCCCCCUCCUCAACUGUUCCCCCAGACACCCACCACACAGAAAUUCAAAUCCAGAAUUUUUUUUAAAAAACAGCAGAGUGGCCCAAUGGUCACAGAAAAUCAUAAAAAUGCAGAAAAAAACCACACAAGCUUCCAGAUUCUUGCAAACUCCUCCUCAACUGUUUCCCCAGCCACCCACCACACAGAAAUUCAAAAAUAGCUGCAGCAACAGAAGUACAGUGGUGCCCUGCAAGACGAACGCCUCGCAAGACGAAAAACUCGCUAGACGAAAUUUUUUUAAAAAACAGCAGAGUGGCCCAAUGGUCACAGAAAAUCAUAAAAAUGCAGAAAAAAGCACACAAGCUUCCAGAUUCUUGCAAACCCCUCCCCAACACCAAGUCCUUGAAUUCCAAACACCCAACCCAAAAUCCAAAACCCCCCAAAAAAGUUUUAAAAGUUUAAAAGAAGUUUUGGAAAAGCUUCAAAAAUCACCAAAGUCUUCAAAAACCUCAAAAAAGGCUACCACACCACGUUCUAUGAGUUGCUCCUCGAAGUCAAGUCGCAACUGUAUUAACGGUGUUAAGAAAAAGGAAACAAACUUGCAAGACGUUUUCGUUUUUCGUCUUGCGAAGCAAGCCCAUAGGGAAAUUCGUCUUGCGAAGCAGCUCAAAAAACGGAAAACCCUUUCGUCUAGCGAGUUUUUCGUCUUGCGAGGCGUUCGUCUUGCGGGGCACCACUGUACUUCUGUUGCUGCAGCUAUUUUUGUUGUUGCUUCAGACUGUUGACUCAUGGGUCAUUCCAUGCCAAAGCACCUGAUUUAAAUGUUCGACCGUGCUCUCACGUCUCAGAUUUUCUUCAAAAAAAAAUUUAUGUGUAGAUACCUAUGAGAUAACCUCAAAUUAAUUUUUUUAGAUUUGUUGGUCCAAAAUUGGGCGCAGAAUUUUUUUAAAAUUUCAGUUUUCACCCGAUUUAGGCUGAUGCAAUUUCUGCAUCAGUUUAGAGAAAACCUCCUGUUUCGCUUAUUUUUCAACUGAUUGGGCUUAUUUUUGUAUCAAAAUAAAGCUAAUGUAGUCUCUUUCAAAAUAAGUUAUAAAAAUUGUAUUAAGUGCCACAGAACAGGGUCACUGACCAUUCAAAGUGAAUUUUUGUCAUUUUAUUCCCUGUAGGUUUGAUAAGCCAUAGUGUGCAAACCACAACUAACAGGGGUAUCAUAAGUUUGUUGUAGAAUGGACUAACCAUGUACUUGUUAUAUUUUAAAAAUAAGGAGCGUGUUUUUGUGGUUAUAAAAUAAAUUGAUUUUGAAGUAAUUUUUUUUACAAAAUAAUAAUAAUUGUACGGAGUUAAGGUCUCUUUGAGCCUGAAAUAACUCACACAUUCGUGAGAAUAGUUAAAAUUGUACCCUCUUAUGUUACAAUGUCAUCUGAUAUAUUUUAAAAAAAUAAGUUUUAUUGGUUAUUUAAUACAAACAAAAUACGUCUUAGAGCCCUUGCUAUAAAAUUAAUUGGAUUUUACAAUUUACUAUUCAAUCAAAUAACACAAUGUAACAUUUGUCAUAUAAACAAAAAAUAAAAAACCUCUCCAUGACUUCCCUCAGCUUCCCUUUCCGGUUCUUUAAAUAUUUAUUACUUCUGCUUAAUUUUUGUUUUAUUUUUAUGAUCUUAUACCUCAAUAUACUUAAAUUCUCAUCAUUUUUAUACCAAAUUUACUUUUGUAAUUACAUCUUGCACUUAAUUACAUUCCAUAUUAUUAUUUCUUGACCUUUAAACUUCAAAAUCAAUUUAUACUCUAUUCUAGAAAGAACAAUUAUUUGAGUUAAUCCAGAAAAUGUACUAUUUUUGUAGUUAGAGUAUGCAGAUUGAAGCUAUUGGCACUUAUGACUAUCUUAGAUCCCAUUGAUUUCAGUGAGUCUGCUCUUAAGUAUGACUAAAUCUGGAGCUAAUCCUUCGGGGGGUUUUAAAAAUCAAAUUACAUUAACAAUUUUAUUGAAGUGUUCCUGUGAAUUGAGGUUUUACAUAAAUGACAUAUUGACUUUUUGUUUAAGUUUGUUUUAGAAGGUAAUUUCAUUUGUCAUUGUAUAUGAUAUUUUUAUUAAUCUAAAUAAAUAUAGAUGAAGAAAUCAUGUACACUGAUUUUAAUUUUGUAAAAUAUUCUAGGUGGUUUCCCUUGUAGCCUGCAUUUUCGAGUAAGGUUUUUUAUACCUGAUCCGAACACACUGCAGCAGGAGCAAACCAGGUAAACCUUGUUUCUUUACUAAAGUUCUGUGGUUAUGUUUUAAGAACUGCUGACAUCUCACACAUCCUAGUAUUUGCAGUAAAACACCAGGUUUACAGUCUUUUAUCUAUGGUUGGCACAUAAACACCUAAUUGUAAAUUUAAAGUUGGUUGUUAAAGAACCUCAGAAUAUGCACAGGUAGAUAAAUACUACAAUAGCAAAAUGCUGUGUGUAUUGGUCAUCCGGUGUCAAUUUAGACAAGAUCUGUUUAUAUUCAGCAUGCCUUUUCUUAGUUUUAAAUGUUGCAGGAGUUAGGUUUUCAGUUUAGGUAAUAAUUAAUCCUUCUCACAAAUGUAGGAAAAUGCUGCUUCUGCUCCAACCACAAAAUGGUUUUAGCAGAACCUGUAAGAUUAAAUGGUUCAGGGAUGCUGGAAUAAUACGCCCCCUUAGCAAUAUCCAUCUAACUGAAAUGGCACCAUGAAGUGCAGAGUGCUCCAGAAAUGUAUAAGAAUAUAUUGCUUAUUAUUAUCAAUAGGGGAUAUAAAUUGUGAGCAUUCUAGCAUGAUAGAAUGUGCUCUUUGUUGUUGUUUAGUCGUUUAGUCGUGUCCAACUCUUCGUGACCCCAUGGACCAGAGCACGCCAGGCACUCCUGUCUUCAGGAGAAUGUGCUCUAGUGGAGCGUUAAUAAUAUUUGUUGGAGGUAAAUAGAUCCACACAGAAUUAUGGAUUUGUGAAGUAUAAGCUUAGUUAUUUUUAGUGUUUUAAGAUCAGGGAACUUUUUUUUAGUUUCAGGGCCACAUUUCAUCAUGGGCAACCUUCCCAGGGCCAUAUGCCAAGGAUGGGAAGGGCCAGAGGCAAAAGUGGGCAAACAACAGAUUUGACUCCUGUUUUUUGUACUGUAUUCUAGACACAAAAAGCAAGGUAUCUACAUACACUUAUCUUUCCACCCGCAAUCCAUGCCACCAGGAGGCAUUGUCACAGUUCACGGACACGUUCAGAUGUUGAACUUCUAAUUUAUGUGUAUAAUCAUCUUAAUUGUCUCUAUAUUUAUAGAGUCUCAAAGUAAAUUAGGAAAUAUAUGUUUAGAUUACCCAGAUUCACAAGAGGCUUGAUUAGUCAGAUGUAACAACUAUUUUCAAUUUGUUUUUUAGACAUUUAUUCUUUCUGCAAUUGAAGGCUGACAUUUUGGAAGGAAGGUAAGAAAUCUUUAUUAAGGUAGUUUGACUGGUUAGCUGUUGAAACACUCCAGGUUAAAAGAAAAAGAAAACUUCUCCAUAGUGUUAAGAGGAAGAAUGUAAAAAAAAUUUAGUGCCUUUAAGCUUUUGUAGGAAUUGAGUUUCAUAAGGUAUACAUAUUGAGUUAGAUUUGCGUCCAGCACACUUCCCUGUGCCUCUGAGCCUUUGGACUUCUCCCUGGCUCCAAGCAGAGUUUUGCAGCAGCGGUGUGUGCCUUGUGUAGGUGCAAUAAAUAGCAGUCCACACGCCAGCUUCUUCCUAAUCUAAAGAAGCUUUAAUUUAUGUACAGCAUAGCAAAAAUAAAUCAUCCGGGAGAUCGAGCAGACAUCCUCCCAGUUUGUCAGCGGAAAAUGAAAGUAACUCACACACAAAGAACAAAAAACAUUCCCCAUAUGUGAAUAAGCCACACCUCAGUAGGUAAGGACGACACACAGAACUGCUUAACCCUGUAAGUUCUGAUUCUCCUCACAAUACAAGGCUUAGAACUGAGUUGCUAAAGGGGGCACCAUAUAAAGUUCAUUAACCCAUUGCAAAUUUUCUCCUAAGUAAGUAUUCUUCAAAGGGCACUGUUACUCAUGUAAAAUAACCUUGCGUGAGAGGCACAGCGUGUGGGAGAGUUGUCUUUUGUGGACCUAUGAAGCUACAACAUAAGUUAACUUUUAUUCGAUAUUUCUAGUAUGUUGACAGUAAAACAAUAGCAGAUCUGUUUCACUGGUACAUCUGACUGUUCAUAAUUUUCAUUUUCAAUAUGUUGGAUAGCUUUACCCAGUUUUUAAGAAGUGUAAAUUUGUUCUCGAUUUCCAAAACAAAUGUGAAACAUAAUUACCGUAUUUUUUGCUCUAUAAGACGCACCAGACCACAAGACGCACCUAGUUUUUGGAGGAGGAAAACAAGAAAAAAAAUAUUCUGAAUCCCAGAAGCCAGAACAGCAAGAGGGAUCGCUGCGCAGUGAAAGCAGCAAUCCCUCUUGCUGUUCUGGCUUCUGGGAUAGCUGCGCAGCCUGCAUUCACUCCAUAAGACGCACACACAUUUCCCCUUACUUUUUAGGAGGGAUAAAGUGAGUCUUAUAGAGCAAAAAAUACGGUACCUAUUUUUAAGGUUGUUGUUGUGAAAUGUGUCACUACAAUGUGCUGGUGUUCCAGGUAGGUAUGCUGUAAAGAUUGUGAAUGCAUUCACACAGUAUUGUCUCACUCAGCUUCCUGAAAGGUGCUUUAGGCAUGAAAUAUGGGAGAAAAACAAAAUGAAUAAAAUUGUUUUUGUAUAUGAAAACACCUUGAUCUGAUGAAGGGGUAAUAGUUUUAAAGUUAGAAACCAUAGUUUUAAUAACAGAUGACAAUAAUUGUCAUAGAUAUUUUGUGAUAUUUGGUGGAUGUUUAAGUGCAUUCUAAAUAUAUUGGCAUAUAAUGUUUGAGCUGUGACAUUUACCUGCAGUUCAGACAGAAUGUUAUCAACAUAUUUCAAUUUUUCCUUUCAGGUUGUUAUGCCCUGUUAAUUCAGUUGUGGUACUUGCAUCAUAUGCAGUUCAGUGUAAGUUGUGAUGUAUAUUAGUAAAAUAUUUGGUCCUAUUUCACUAUUUCUUUGGUCCCUAUUGGUCUGUACUCCAGUCAGAAUAUAUAUAUAUAUAUAUAUAUAUAUAUAUAUAUAUAUAUAGGCUAGUUUCCUAACUUGUUCUUGAGUAACAGGCUGUUUUGGAAUCUUUAGCUCUUAUUCUUGGAAAAUAUUACAAAGCUUGUCUGAGAAUGGAGUUCUCCCUGAACAGAUCAGGUUUGGUGGUAAAGCAUUUCUGCUAUCUAAAUAAGAUUGUGUUUAUACAAAUGAUAGUGAGAAAAUAUCUAACAAAAAAAGAAGAGGGGGAAGUGAAGGAAAAAUACAGCUUCCUUGGAGAUGUUACUGCUGAUCUGAAAGUUAUAGUUCUUCAAUAAUUAAAAUUUAAAUUAUUUAUUCAAGACAGUGGGAUGCAUCCAGUGAUGGCAGCUUUGCAUUAGUGGAAAAUGAUCAGUUUAUGCAAUGUGGGACACCCAUUUUUGCCUUUCCUUCUACUACAGCCUUCUGCCAUGUCCAUGCAGCUUUGUAGGGUCCUUUAACUCUCAGAAGCAGAUUUUUGAAGGAUAUUGGAAUUUGCACUGGGAGUGGGGGAUCAGUAAUACUCAGGUGCCCUGUUUUGUGGACAUAGGCUUUCUUUCUGUAAGUCAAAGUUGUAGUUGGAUAUAAUCCAGUGGUUUCCUCUACAUAAAUAGGGAAAUUGUGUUACCACCUAGUACUACUGUUGUGAAUGGUCAUUCUGCUUAUCUUGUAUAUCUUUAAACUUACAUAGAAUUGUCAGAAACUGCACAUCUUACAUUUCAUUCCUUUUGGUUCAUUGUUUGCAGUUUUUAGAUUUUCACAUUCACAUGAAGUGGAUCUCUGGUCCAUGAGUUUUCACAACAAUAAUUCUUUUCAUCCCUGAGGUGCCAUAAGACUGCUCUUUGAGCAGUAUUUAGCAUAAUAUAACACAUUUGAAGGAUUUUAAACAUGUGUCUUGUGAAGAAAGAUAUCAUGAAAGCUUUAAUGGACAUGGGCUAUAGUUGAUUUCAGGUCCUGUUGUAUUCAGGAAAUGCCUGGUGCCUAUCAUCUCUGGUUAUAUGUUGGUAAUAUAACUUUAAAAUUAUGGAAACAAAGUUCUGUCUGAUUUGCAAUGCAACCUCUCUUGUAUCAUUUCUUCAGCAACAUCUUGCUAUAAGAUAGAUAAAAUAUACAGCCUGCAUGAGGUCCCUUGUAGUUCACCCAAGGAAGUUCCUUGGUUCAUUGUUUCUAACACUUGCUUCACUUAUUGUGCAGGGUGACAGAAAAAGAUGCUAUUAAUAAGAUAUCCAAAAAAAUGCCACCACCACAAUUUUUGGGCUGUGAAGGAAGAAUAGGGAGCACACUUUCCUGCAACUGUUGUCAUAUACAAUGUCAGUAUUGGGAAAGGUGAGCAUGCUUAGUCCAAAAAGGCUUGUCUGUCCCAUCUCAGAGGCCUGGUGGAUUUAAUUAGGCCCCACCACCUGCAUAGCCAAUGUCAUUCAAAUUUGCUUAUCAGUAAUAAAAGUUUGAUGGUUUUAGCAUAGAGGCUGAGAGAGAGAGAGAGAGAGUGGUUUUUCUUAAGGUCACCUAGGGUGCAGUCCUCUGCACAAGAUUCAUAGAAUUGUAGGGCUGGAAGGGACCUUGCAUUGCAGGAAUAUGAAACUGCCCCAUAUGUGGAUCGAACUUGCAACCUUUGUGUUGCAGCACCACACUCUAACCAGCUGAGCUAACCAGCUGGUGCCAGUGUUGACUCCAAAAUUAAAAAAUGGUAUGUGAGAUAUUUUCCAUUUACCUUGCUUGGAAAGUGUUAAUGUUAAGCAAACUUUAUUCAAGUUAAUGUUUAACUAUUCAACGUUGUGUCUAAACUUGUUAGCAUGAUCCAUUUGACCUGCUAUCAAAUUUCAGCAGUCUCUGCACUAAACAGCAUAUACAAGGAACAUUAUUAGCCAAGUAAAUGUUUAUACUGUACAGCCUUGGUUCUGUUUUUAAAGUUACAGUAGUUGCCAUUGAUUCAGAAAGCUAGCUAUGUAGAGACUUUAUCAAGAGUUAACAGUUCCUAUUUCAGAGAGAUUAUGAAUGCCUGUUCACAUAAUGUUGUGGACCUUCAGUUGUUUGGAACAGUUGGAGUUGCUGCUCAGGACAAUUUCUGUGUUGUCUGGAUUGACAAAUCAUAGUAGUUGCCACCUCUAUCAGUGUUGUGCUGCCUCUAAGAAUUUCUGCAGGGUGGAGAUGGGAGUGCAGAAAGAUGGAAUAUGACUGACGGGAUGGAAAACAGAAAAUAGUUCAGUUUAGUUUCAGUUGCAACUGAGGUUAUUCCACUUUGGUUCCAGUUGAGGCCUCUAAAGGUUCACUAACCAGUUCAGAGCAUAGUUCAGUUCAUAUGAGAAUAUUUAAAUAUAAGAGUACAUUAAGACAUUAUUAUUUAAAUAAUAUUUAAUAUUUAAAUAUAAGUUUGAAAUACAGUACAGUAAGCCCUCAACUUACACACAUUUAACUUGUGUGUAUUUAACUUUAUGCGCUUGAGAAAAGUUUUAAAAAAAUUAAAAAGGGGGCAGCUAAGUCCAGGAAAAAAGACUUUGCAGCCAAUGUGUUUUAACUAUACAGUGGUACCUCGGGUUAAGUACUUAAUUCGUUCCGGAGGUCCAUUCUUAACCUGAAACUGUUCUUAACCUGAGGUACCACUUUAGCUAAUGGGGCCUCCCGCUGCCGCCGCACCGCCGGAGCACGAUUUCUGUUCUCAUCCUGAAGCAAAGUUCUUAACCUGAAGCACUAUUUCUGGGUUAGCGGAGUCUGUAACCUGAAGCGUAUGUAAACCGAGGUACCACUGUAUGUGAUUAUGGCUUCAGGCAUCAUCCCUGGAACAUAUCCCCCAAAUAUGUUGUGGGUUUACUGUACCUUCUUUUUCAAAGCGCAGGGGGAAUACAGAAUGUCCUCUUCUCAGUUUCACAUGUUUUGGCUCCAUAAUUUUCUCCCUGCUUGCUCCAGUUGUCUUAAAACAUGAUACUUCCUGUAUUUGACAAUCAAAGCAGAAUAAUUCUCAACUGGUUUUAAAGCCAGAAGGAACCUCCAAUCCUAAAUAUGAGUGGGAUCUCAACUGGUUUGAUCGUUUCAUGGUGGGAACUUUACAGAUCUGUGACAUAGAGGAUUACUAUAAACAACUGGAUAUUCUGUGGAAAUUUAGGACCAGCAUCAGAUUGAACUAGGUUUUUAAUUCCUAAUGAUAGGGCUCUUUUGAGUUCAAUUUUAAAAGCAACUUUUAAAUUCAGUUAAUUUAAAUUCAGUUUAACAUAAUUUGUAUGCUGCUUUAUCAUCAAAGGUAUUAAGCAUUUUUAUAUAAAAUAUACAUUGAAAAGGCUGAUUUUAUGAAAUAGCGAAAAUUAACAUUUUAUUAAACUAGGUAAAAUAAUAGAGGGCUUAAACUGUUGAAUCUAUGACUCUUACUUAGGAAUGGGUGUCUGCCAAUCCAUAAAAUCACUGCUCUUUGUUUGCAUUUAGGACUGUUCAUUACCUUUGAUUUUAGGUAUACUUCCUGUCUCUGACCCUUAUUCAUCUUGAACCAAGUAUUGCGUUGGCAUGCUAUUCCUGGCUGUAUUUUCUCACAUAUCUCAAUGGAAGAAAGUGGAGCAAUAUUAGGAACUUCUGUAGGAGUUACGUGACAUUAUUCAUUGUGCCAUUUGUGUAGAGUAAGAUUUUGUUAAGCACCUUUGCAUUUGCAUUAAGAAAACAAUUAUCAUGUGUGUUCUUUUAUUUUUCAUCCCGCCACCCAUCCACCUAUCCCAAAAAAGCUCAGCUUGGAGACUACAAUGGUUCCACCCAUCUUCCAGGAUACCUUUCAGAGUAUUGCUUUAUUCCAGAGCAAAAUCAAGAUUUCACAACCAAAGUUGAAUCGCUGCAUGAACAACACAGGUAUUGUUUUCUGAAAUAGUAAUAUAUACAGUGGUACCUUGGGUUACAUACGCUUCAGGUUACAGACUCCACUAACCCAGAAAUAUUACCUCGGGUUAAGAACUUUGCUUCAGGAUGAGAACAGAAAUCGUGCUCCGGCGGCGCAGCAGCAGGAGGCCCCAUUAGCUAAAGUGGUGCUUCAGAUUAAGAACAGUUUCAGGUUAAGAACAGACUUCCAGAAUGAAUUAAGUUCUUAACCCGAGGUACCACUGUAUUGUGAUAUUUACAUAAAUGGAUAAUUUGCAUGAAGUAUAGAAUUUAAAUGUGAUUCAAAUUAUUAAUUCACAGCAUAUUGUAUAUUCAGACUUCAUACUGUAGGCUCCCAGUAAUUGGCAAAGAUAUCUUAGUUCUUGGACUAUAAGACACAUUAAUAAAAAUGGUUCCAAAUGUGGGGAUUUAUAUAUUUUUUAGGAAUUUGGCAGCCCCAAACCUGUAUGCAUGAGAUACCCAGAUGUGCUGGGUGAACUGAUGACUAUUAAGUAACAUUGGUUCUACUUAUACACUGGAGAGAAUACGUACCAAAAACUCUGAAAAUCUGGAGUUUUCCUAAAAGUUUGGGCUGCUAAUUUACUGCUCUAUUUCUGCUUCUCAUUGUAUGACAAUACUAACACUCAGUUUCCUUAUAUGGGAAGCAAGUCCUUUGCUUUUUGGAGGGACAUAGAUCUGCCCACAGUAAUAGAAACCUAAACUGCAGAUGUAUUUCUACAUAAUGACUGUAGGCGAAUCCAUCAUGAGAUUACCCCGUGAGUGAAAUGUGGAAAAAGAGUUCAGAUUUUUCUUGGAAUGUGUACCUUGAAUUUAUUUUCAUAACGGUACUUAAUGUUUCUGUUAUAGAUAAAUUACUUUCCAAUUAGGAUUUUAUUGCCUUUAAUACCUUAUUGGUUUUUCCCCUAGGGGCCUCAGUCAGUCAGAAGCAGAGUCCUGCUACAUUAAUAUAGCAAGAACACUUGAAUUCUAUGGAGUAGAAUUACACAGUGGUAGAGUAUGUUUACAGUUCUUUUUUAUAUUUAGAGCAACUUGUACUUAAACUUUUUUUUUAAAAAAAUUCAUACAUACCUUAAUAUUAAAAUAGCUAAGUAAGAGGAAAAUGCUCUUUUUUUGCACCUAAAGCAGCUAAGCAUAAAAAACUUCUAUUUCUUAUACACCUAUGGGGACAUUACCAUUAAGUAAUUUGCAUCUUUAUAACUUAGUUUCUUAAGCAGGACUUGUUGUCCUUUACUUUUAACCAUGUUAAAAAUAUGGAUUUGAGAAAAACUUGCAAUAUUGCCAAUUCUCAACUGAGAUUUUAAUAUAUUCUUCUGCCUUUUUUUUAUAAUUGACAUUGCAAGAAGCAUUCUCAGUGGCAUAAGUCAGUUGCUUCUAUAGAAAGCUUCAGAUAAGCUAUAGUUUUAGACUGAAAUGUUUACUUGCAUAGUAUGGGCUGCCUUGGAAUUGGGUGCUCAGCAGGAUUUUUGUGAUGUGUGUGUAUGUAUGCAUGUUUCUGGGGAAACACACCCUCCCAGUCCUCACCAUAUUGCCAACUGUUUUUGAAAGUCCUUUCAGUUUUAAAUGGGGGGUUGCUGUGUGGUGAAGAAUUGCUGUUUGAGGAAACACCAACUUUUAACUUUCCUUCCAUAUGCAGACAUAGUCAUCCAUUUCUUUGGAUUUCAGCUCCAGUAAAUGGCAUCAUAACCAGCACCCACUGACAACUAAGCUACAAUGCAUGCACUUACAGUAAUGACGGCAUGCAAAAAUCUGGCAUAUCUGGUAUUUGUGUGUUUUAAUUAAGCAUGUCUGGGUUGUUUCUCCCAAAUACAGAAAUUGGUCAGCUCCUUUUUAUGUGAGACAUCCAGUUCUUUAUCCCCCAUCACACAGAGAGAAAUUCAAAGUCAAACUUCCAUGUAUCCAUUUGUAGAAUAGGAUUCUUAGUGCUUUAAUUUACCAGUUUUUUCUGUGGUUCUUAUUUUUAGGAUCUUCAUAAUCUUGACCUUAUGAUUGGAAUUGCUUCAGGAGGUAUUGCUGUAUAUAGGAAACUCAUUUGCACAAGCUUCUAUCCUUGGUAAGAUACUUGGGGUAUGGGUGGGUGUAUAAAGUUUUAAGACUGAACAUGAAAAUAACAAAUCUCUCAUUUUUAAAUAAUACCCAUAAAGACCCCUACUGAAGAUGGAGGGUGUUGAGAUUGAAGUCUAUUUAGAAAUCCAGCCCUCUAAUGCUUGGUGUGUGGAACUGAGCCAUGGUUACAUGUGAAGUUGCUUCUUACUGAGUCACAUCACUGGUCUAUCUAGUCUCAUUUAUUUUCUACUGUGACAUCUUUAUCAGCCUCACUAUCUGAAAUCAUUUUUAGUUGGAUAUGCUACUGUCUGUGUUCAGGAUCUUGUGCAUGCAAAGGUUGUUGUUUACCACUGAGCUACGCCCCUUCCUAUUGUUAGUUUCUGAGCUGAGCUGCUCUGCACAUGCUCAGGCAUUCUCUUUAAUAUCAUUAUUACUUAAUACUUUUGUUCAGGUUAUAUAUUUUCCCCUAUUAUACCUAGAGAGAAAUCAGGAGUUGGGUUUUUGAUCUCAGGUGCUUCUCCAUCGUUCUUGUCCCCACAGACAGCAGUGACUAACUGAACUGGGAAUCCAGUAUUGUUUGAACAUUGAAACUUGGUGACUCUGAGAAACAAAAUCAGUGUUAGAACUUACGGCUUGCUUUCGUUUUCCCCCAGAUACAUUUAUUUUGACAGCAGGAAGGGAGAUAAUUUCUGAACCAGACCCCAAGUAAUUGCUGACUCACAUUAAACCUUGAAGGUGUUCUGCAAAACCCCAAAUCAAUUUGGAGAAGAUACAUCCACUUUGAUACGUCUGGAGCAAAUAGUUCUUGUGUUAGAUCUAAUGUUAUUGACUUGAAACUCUUGUAUAAUUCAAGUGAGCUUUAUAUAUAUCACAAUAUUCAAACCAGAUUAAGGGACAUUAAAAAACAAAACAUCAAAUCAGCUGUAAAUAAAAUGCUUAAAUAUCUGCCCUUGACAAAAGUUGAGGGGGAAAUGUUCAGUCGGGACUGAAAUUAUUAAUUUUGAAAUAAAAUAAAUAAAAAGCCUUACCAGUUGCAAGAACAGAAAAAAUCAUGAUUGCUGGGGUACAUAAAGGGUAAAGGGACCCCGUCCAAUCGCGGACGACUCGGGGGUUCCAUGUCACUUUUCUCUGUGUUCAUUCAUAAACCAAUUCUUUCCCAUUAAUCUGUGAUUUUAAAAAAAAUUUAUUAUCACAAAAUAAAAGUGUGCCACAAAAUUCAGAGAAGUGCAAAAUCCAAAGUAUAAUUUUAAUCUGCAUGUCAUCUACAGCGUGCAGAUCAGGUCAGUUUGCAUUGGAAUUCACAAAUACCAAAUUCCUCAGGCAUUCAUAUUGAUUGCAAUAGGAAGCUUGUUAGUACUUCUGUGGACAGCCCAUUAUAAUGGAAUGUGCCACACCUGUAACCCAUGGAUGUGCACAGCAACCUUUUAGAUUGAGGAAUGCAAAGAAUGGGUGUUCCUAGACUCAGGUCUGUCUUUUGAUGGGCAUGUAGUCCAAGCUUGCUUGACAGUAUUGUCAGCUGGUUUUGAUGGAUGCGGCUUGUUAGAGCAGAGCGUAGGAGUCUUGUCAGGAAUUGUGCAAUCCAAUCCAAUCCUGUUUCCUAGAAACAAUUGUUUUUGUUGUGAAAUUGUGGGCUGCACCCAAUACCUUCAGUGUGUAAUUACCUCUAUUUUAUUUCCAUGCAAAAUUUGAAAGUAACUAACAAUUUUAUUGCUUACCUACAAAUUGUAAGUAUAUUGGUUGAGUGGAUUGCACAGGAAAGCACUUUUGAAUGUAGGCUCUCCCUUUCAUUUCAAAUUUUGCUUCAAGCUUAUGGUAGUGAUAAUGAUUUUCUGAGAAAAGAGAAUGUUUUAGUUAAUUAUAGCUACUUACUUAGAUUUUAGUUCCUGUUUCAGAUAUAAUGGAGCCCUUCUGAAUAGUGUGCCAAGGUGUGGGGCUGCUGACCGGGGUGGAGGUAAUUUCCCCUUCCCCAGCAACAUCCCACAUGGUUCAGGAGGGCCUCUCGAUUCUCCAGAAAGGCGUGAGAGGGAAGGGGAGAAAGGAAACUUCCCUUAUGUGAACCUUCUAAGUUAACUUACUUUACAAUCCAAGCAUUGAGUCUGAUGUGCAUUAUUGUACCCGUAUUUUCUAUCAAUGUUUGUUUUGAUUGUGUUAUGUUUUUAGAGUAUGAUAUGGUAUAACUUGUUCCUUUUUAGGGUGAACAUAAUAAAAAUUUCGUUUAAACGAAAGAAGUUCUUUAUCCAGCAGCGACAGAAACAUGUGAGUAUAGUUUGUUUCCCCCAGUCACCCCACCCCUAGACUUUUUUACAAUUAACCUCCAAUCUUGCCACAAGAUGAAGCAAUGAAUUAAAGGCCAUGUCUAUGAGUUGGAAAACAAGGUGUACAGAGAUCCUUCUUAUAGUGUAUAUUUCAUAAUACAUUGAUGAUAUGUGAAGCUAAUUGCUGUAGAGGUGAUUGAUGUUUGGACGGAAUACUUGAUCAGAGAUUUUCUUCCUACCCUGUGCCCUGCACCUGCUUUUUAAUUCAAAGAAAAGAUGUAAUGAGAUCUGAUCAUUAAUUUGAUCAAGUCAGAAUGGUGGUCUGCUUAAUUAACAGCAACUGUGCCUCUGUGGGAACACAUGAAUUCAAGGUUCUAGCUAUCAGAGCUUCUAAUUAGCUGGGAAUCUCUGGGUCAAUUGCUGGGCCAGUUUCUUGGGUUAUUCCUUUAUUCUAUGCUUCACACUGUGCUGUUUGUUCCUGUUGUGUGGCUCCAUGUACCUUGCAGGCUAGAUCAGCUAGGUUUGUUGUUUUAUUCUGACUUGUAUUUUUAUGCACUGUAAAUAAAAUACCUCACUUAAAUUUGGUGUGCUCUUUUCUGGAAAUCCUGAGUCCCUAAUUGCAGUGUUUUGGACUUCUUGGUUAACUGCUUCUGUAUAGUGUAACUGCCUGAAGCCUAGAGGGCAGAGUGGACUUGCAGAAUUUGGUUGGAAGGCUCUGGUUUGAUUUUUGUACCGACUUAGGCCAAAUAAGUUUCCUGACUCCCUAAGCUUGGUGGUCAGACAGUGUUAACAUUAUUGACAUAAUAAUUGUUCAUUGACAGCUGAUUUAUUCUGCUUUAAUGGUGGUUGUCCAAUGCUUCCCUAAUGCUACUGCAGUAUUGCUGUGCUGAAGGGCUAUAGGGGCCUAUAGCAUAACAAAAGCCGGCCAGUAUCCCUCACUCCCCCAUAUAUUUGUGGCAUGAAAAGUUAUGCAAUUUCAGCAGGCUACUGCAGGAUAUGCAUUGAUUGGAAAUGAAGCAGUAUGAAACACUGCCUCCAACACAUAUUUAUAUAAAGUGGAAUUACGUAUAGCUGCCCCCAUAGAAUCAAGAGCACACAUCAUUAAGGAUGUGCAAUGAAAAGAAUAUCUGGAGAAGCCCUUAGAGUGAAAGCAUGUGGAAUAUAGCAGUAAACACUUUAGAAAUUUUUCAUGUGGGUUAUUUCUAAAUCUGAUCCAUACAAAUUCUCUGCUGAUGUCCCUAGAGAUUUGUAGCCAAAUACAUAUUUUCUUUUACAAGUAAGUGUCUGGUGUCUACUGGUAAUCAUGCUGCAGAUUUCUGCUUUGUAGAAAAGCGUUACAAAAGCAGCUUUAAAUUAAAGCCAAUAUGGCAUGUCCUACAAAGUGGCAGGUGGAUCAGAUUUCUUCAUAGUGAAGAAUGCUAACCUUAAGCAUUGUUUGCUGUCUCAUUGAUUGAUGGGUUCAAUAACUCUUCCUUUGCUCCUUACAAAAAAAUAAACUUAUAAUUUCUGCAGUUUUAUUCAAUCUGUCCAUGUUCAUUUUAUUUCAGUACUUCCUUCGGCAGACCAAGCUAUAAUUGUUCAGAAGAGUUUGCUACCAUUUUCCUCUGUCCAAUUUUUCUGGCCCUCUACCUCAAAUCAUUGUAAAGCGCUCAGGGCAAUCCAUGGAAAGGGGAAGGGGAGAGCUGGGAGAAUAUUUGGAACCUAUUGAAAUAUAUACAUUUUGUAUAUGUACAUACAAAAGCUUGUACAAAUCUGACAAUAUUGACACAGAUAUAUGUUGGCAGAAUUGUUUUUCUGUUGCAAACAGUAUAAUGAGGCCAUCUUGCAGCAAAAGGUAGAAUUGCAACAUUUGUAGUACAGCUUAUUUGGAACUACCCCCACAGUCUGUACAUGUGGAAAGCAGCUAUUACCCAGUACUGCUAAGCACUGGGAACAUGUAACCAUACAUCUGUAUUUGCAUCUGUAAAUUCUACUUUAAGUCAAAGCUGAAAAUACAUCAUAUAUUUCCGUUUCAGUGUUAACAUUUACAAAUUGGUCUUGCCUUGUAUAUAAAAUUCUUAUAAGACAGUAGUCCCCAGGAUCGCCCAAACUUUAUGUAACUUCAUCAGAGGCUAACCAGCUGCUCCAGUAAGCUCACAAGGCCAAGGGAUGAGAGCCAACAAACUGAAGCUCAGUCCAGAUAAGAGAGUAUUUGCUUCUCUAGACUGAGUGGAUGGGAGGGUGUCUGCUCUUGAUGGAGGUAUACUCCCUUUGAAGGAGUAGGUAUGUAGCUUGGGGGUAUUUCUGAAGCUCAGGUGGCCUCAGUGGCACAGGUGACUUCUAUCAGCUUCAGCUGGUGGCCCAGCUGUGCCCCUAUCUGGACAGGGAUAGCCUAACUUCUGUUGUCUGUCCUGUGGUAAUCUCUUUACUGUGGUAACCUCUUACAGCAAUACUUUAUACAUAUUCUAAUUAUUGAUUAGAAUAAUUCUGAUACACAUUUUAUUGUUGCAGAAUGAAUCCAGGGAACACAUAGUUGCCUUCAAUAUGCUAAACUACCGAGCAUGCAAAAACCUGUGGAAAUCUUGUGUGGAGCUUCACACAUUUUUCCAGGCAAAGAAGAUGCUACCUCAUGAAAAGUUACUUUCCCAUUAUUGGACCACGAGUUCUAGAACACCAACCAAGUGAGUAUGAGCUCUUAAACAGAAUACUUCUGAAUGUAAUUCUGAAACCCCUUUACAUAUAUAAUACUUAAACAGUUUCUGAAUAAUUUAAGACUGAUUUUGUAAAUUUCAGGUUGACUUCCCAGCACAUCACUAGAAGCCUGGAAAUUGUCCCACAGGGAAGCCAGGGGAGUCUGUUAAAAUUGGAAUGGGUCAAUUCUAAGGAAACAAAGAAAUGAACUUUAAAAUAACUACCAGUGUGGAACACAGCAAGGGCUAGCCUGGACUAUAUUUGGCAUGUGUCCGACAACUAGUUUAAUGAAACUUGAUGUUCUUCAUGUUCUGUGUGUAGUUCCGCAUUACAGAUUCUGUUCUCUUGUAGAGCUGCAAUCAGAACUUUUGACAGAAAGAUGAGCAUUUUGAAGGGAAGCCUGUCCCCCUUCUGAGUGCAUGCAGUAAAGGGAUGUAGCUCCCACUUUCUCUCUGGCAACUUUUUGACUUCCACAGCAGCAGCAUUCUAAAGAACUUCUGUUUAAUGCCUUGCUCUUCAGAGUGUGAACUAGAUUUUUCUUCUUUUCUCUCUUUACUCAGUUCCCCAGAAGCUGCGGAGUUCGUAGUUUUCCUUGUUAUAAACCUCAGUUUGGCCAAUACAGUAGUGAUUCCUAGUUCUGGUGCUGGUGAGAAUUCUCUUUAGUAUAAAUAAUAUUGUUUCCCAGCUACCACAAGCCAGGUCACAAACUUCUCUGGAGUCUGAUCACAGAGAGGAGGAUUAGCUUUUGAAAGGAGAGUUGGCAGACAUUGACAGGUUACUUUCCAUCCAGGCUGUUUCCAGUCAUUCUAUCCAAGACAUGUUGCAUGCUGCUGCUCAUGGAGAACAAGCUGGAAGGAAAAGUACAAAGUCUGUCAACAUCCAAAAGAAUGUGCAGGGCACCUCUUAACAAAGUACAUUUUCCUGAGUCCUUCAUCAGGAUUUGAAAGGCCAGUUGGGACAUCAGCAAGGCUUACCAGGCAUGGGCCGGAUCACUGCUGCGGAGAUCCUCCGUGGGCCGGACCGGCGCAGUGCAACGCCGAAAAUCGCGUCUGCGCAUGUCCGUGGGCCGGAAAUCGCACCUGCACAGAAGCAGACAUGCGCAGACGCGAUUUCCAGUAUCUGGGCAUGCACAGAAGCGAUUUUCUGAGCCACAGAAGAGAGUUGCUGCACCACGCUGUGCCAGUUUAGCGCAGUGCAUGGGGACUCGCCGAGCAGGCGGCUUGGUUCGGGGGCAGCUUGUGGGCCGGUUAAACGGCCUCUGUGGGCCGCUUCUGGCCCAUGGGCCUUAGGCUGCCGACCCCUGAGCUAGAGGCAAUCUGCUUAAUUGCUUGGUUAAAUACAGCUCUGCUUGCUUCCACAAAGCAUCAUCAAAGUUCUGCUGCUGGAUGUUUCUGUGGCAGUGCUGAUUUCUAAUGAUUUCAAUAAAUUUUUAUAGAGAUAUAGUUUUAAGUGGAAGGGAUCUUUCUGUUUUUCUAGUCUGAUCUGGGAGGGCAGAGGCAUCCUUCUCUGUGGAGGAGGCAGUACAAGUCAUUGGCUCUGCUCAAUGAGCUAAGGGCAGAGAGCUUCCUAAAGAAUUAAAAUGUCCUCUGGGAGUUUAGAGAACAUGAAUUUCCAGUAAGAAUUUCCUCUUUCUGCACCUAAAACAAAGAUUUAUUAUGCACAAAGUACUUUGUCUAAAGUAUGUUGUUUUAUUUCAGAUCUUCUAACAAUCAUUACUGCAAAAAAGUAAUAGGUGGUAUGAUUUGGAAUGCAGCUAUGAGGAGAUCUUUGUCAGCUGAACACCUAGAGACCAAAAGUCUUCCUUCUCGGUCUCCUCCAGUUACCCCAAACUGGUAAGAAUUAUCUUUUUAUCUUCCAUAAAAUGGGAGGGGACAUGAGCACAAGGCAAAGUUUUAUUUGUGUCAAAAUUUAAUUUUGAUGUGAUUAAGAUCUCUCUUAAAGAUGAAUAAUAAAGAUUCAAAAUAGCUACCGGUAUAUUUCAAAAUGUUACUGCAAUUAUUUCCAAUAGUCAGUUCUUGGUUGUUGGAGAUGGCUUUUGAUUCAACAGCUUCAAUAUGCAAGGAAGUAGUGGAGGGGUUCUUUCUCCCACAAUUCUAAAAUAUAAAGACUGACUUCCUGACUCUAGAAGGAGGAACCUAUCCUAAGUAGUUGUGAUACUUGCUUGAAGUUAAACAGAAUUUCACAUUCUGUUUUUCUACUUAAAAGUAGAAAAUUGUGUUUAGAUUGCAAUUCUGUGUAUGCUAAUCUGAGUGUAAGCCUCAUUGAACACAAUAGCAUUUAUUAAUGAGUAAACACAUUUCUUCUAUAUAGGUUUUGUCUGUGGUCCGUUCUGCAUGUUAUAGCUCAUGUCUACUUGGAAUAAAUGGGCUUUGAAUUUAAAAAUAUUAUUAAACAAGUGAUGAAAUAAUUGUAGCCUCUGAGUGUGUGUUAUAAUAUAUUAAGCUUCUCAUAUUUAAAAAAAGUUUAAGAAAGAUACUAUCACAACUAACUUCUGAAUCCUUCCUCUUUUAAGGCGAAGUCCUAGAUUACGUCAUGAGAUUCGUAAACCACGACACUCAUCUGUAGAUAACCUUGCAAAUGAGAUUUCCUAUAUAACUGAAACAGAAGAUGUGUUUUACACCUACAAAGUUUCCCCAGCUUCCAAGGAUAGUGAUUCAGAGUUGUCCCAGAGUCGCAGCCCAUGGAGAAGGUAAAUAACCUCUACAAACAGUGAUUUCAGUGCUACUCUGCACUGAUAAUUGGUAAACAACAAAAUUAAGAAGAUAUUUCAUAUUAAAUAUUUCAGUAGUAAAAGAAUAAUGCUAGUAACGAAGACUGAUACCAUAACCCUGAGUGUUUAGUCAGAAGUACCAAAUUCCUAAUUAGAGACAUCACUAAUGCAUUUUUUUAAAUUAAAUCUGUAUACUGCCCUUCAUCUGAAGGACUCAGGAUGGUUCACAGCAUAAAAAUAAAAGAUAAAAAAAUACAAAAAAACAAGAACAAGCACAAAAUAAACCAAUAUCCUCACAAACACAUUUAAAAGGAUAGGAUGUCAAUCAGCCGAAGGCCUGGUUGAAGGGGAACGCCAGGCAAGCCUCCCUACAGAGAGCCUUCCACAAAUGGAGCCACCACAGAAAAGGCCUGUUUUCAUGUUGCCAGACAUCUCAUCGAGGAGGCACUCAAAGAAAGGGCCUCGGGUGAUGAUAACAGGGUCUGGGUUGAUUCAUAUGGAGAGAGGCGGUCCUUGAGAUAUUGUUGUCCUGAGCCAUUUAAGGCUUUAUAGGUCAAACCUAGUGCUUUGAAUUGGGCACGGAAACUGAUUGGCAAUCAGUGCAGUCAGUCCAGAAUUGGAGUAAUAUGCUCAAACCACCUUGCCACAGUGAGCAACCUGGUCUCUGAUUUCUGCACCAGCUGAAGUUUCUGAACCAUCUCCAUUGGCUUCCUUAUGUGUAACACUUUGCAGUAAUCAAACCUGGAGGAUACCACAGCAUAAACAGAAGUUAGGCUAUUCUUGUCCAGAUAAGGGUGCAGCUGGGCCACCAGCCGAAGUUGAUGGAAGGCACUGAGGCCAACUGAGCCUCAAGUGACAGCGGAAGAUCCAGAAGUAGCCCCAAGAAGUACCUGCUCCUUCAGAGGGAGUGUAGCUCCUUCAAGAGCAAGCAGCCUCCCAUUCAUCUGCUCUCGGGAACCAUCCACUAACAGUGCCUUAGUCUUACGUAGAGUGAGCUACAGUUUGUUGGCUCCCAUCCAGUCCCUUACUCAUCCAAGCAAGACAGUGGUCCAGCACAUCCACUGCCUCACCUGCAGAUGUAAAGGAGACUUAGAGCUAUGUGUCAUCAGUGUGACAAUGUACUCCAAACCUCUGGAUAACCCCACUCAGUGAUUUCAUGUACAGUGGUACCUCCGGUUGCGCACAGGAUCUGUUCCAGAGCUCCAGUCAGAUCCUGAGGAAUUCACAACUGGAGGUGCCUCUUCUGUGCAUGUGCGUGGCGCGGUAGAGCACUUUUGCACAUGCACGCUCGGUGAAACCUGCAAAAAUACUUCUGGGUUUGCCGCGUUCGCAUCCUGAAGGAUACGCAACCAGAGGUGUGCGUAUCCAGAGGUACCACUGUAGAUGUUAAACAGCACAGGGGUUAAAAUCGAACUCUGAGGAAACGCGCACUGAAGAUUCCAUGGGACCAAAGAGCACUCGCCAAGCAGCACGCUCUGGAAAUUACCAUCUAAAUAGCACCGGAAACACCACAAAGCAGUUCCACCCUACUGUACUGUUGGUUUCUUUGCUUUUUUGCAUUCACAUAUAUGCUAUGCAUGCAGUGAAAUGCUCAAUGACUUAAGCAGCAUAUAAGCUGCAUGUUCUUAGUUUAAAAAUGCAAAAUCUGUACCAUAGAAAGUUAAAUCUUAUACUGAAAAUAAAUUUUUGUAUAAAGAUAUUUGAGGAUUCAUAGGAUCCAAAUAUUGCAUGAAACACUCAUCAAAUGAUGCAUAACAUUUGGGGUGGGGUUGGAACUCAGGGAAUGAUGGAAAUCUUGGGCCCAGUUCAUACCCCUAUUAUAUAAACAAGCAGGGGAAACAGAAGGCAUAUGUCAUUCCCAUUUCUGCCUUUUCUAUCUGUUGUUCACUUCCAAAUCAGCCUUUAGGGUUCAUGAAACUAAUAGACCCAGAUGGCAGUGUGAGUGAACAAAUAUUUUCUUCGUUUCUUCAAGGGCAUAAGAACAGUGUAUGAGUGAAUUUUGAUAAACUAGUUAUUUUCCUUGCAUCCUUUUAAGAAUGUACUGUAUAUGUUUUCUGCAACAGUUACAGUUUUUAAAAUGGAACAUGUAAUUCGCCUAGAUUUUGAAACAGUGACUCUAGAGAGACAAAUGAGCGUUGAUUAAAUGAUUUUGUAGAGUACCAAUGCAGUUUGUUCUACAGUGGUACCUCGGGUUACAUACGCUUCAGGUUACAUACACUUCAGGUUACAGACUUCGCUAAUCCAGAAAUAGUGCUUCAGGUUAAGAACUUUGCUUCAGGAUAAGAAUAGAAAUCAGGCUCUCCAGCGGUGCGGCAGCAGCAGGAGGCCCCAUUAGCUAAAGUGGUGCUUCAGGUUAAGAACAGUUUCAGGUUAAGUACAGACCUCCAGAACGAAUUAAGUACUUAAACCGAGGUACCACUGUAUACGCCUGAAUAAUUUUUAGUCUCAUAGAAGAAAGCGUCUUGUCAAGUUUUGCUUUCUGCAUAAAAUCAAACUGAUGAGCUUUUGAUACUUAGUUUUUGAAUACACCAUUUCUCUACUGCUUAAAAUCUUUGUUAUGAAACAUUUUGUUUAAUUAUCCUUUGCUUGUGUGUGUUUUCUUCAGCAGAUCAUCAGAACAGGAAUCACCAAAGUGAGUUUUCCAACAGUGUCACAAAUUCCUCUUGUAGCUGAAAUUUUAAGAUAUUCUAAUCAAGUUAAAUCCCAGAAAACAUAAUAACAUGUAUUAUUUAUUCAUUCAUAAACUAGUGUUGCUGAUUUGUUUCUCUCGAAAUAAGCCCUGGUUUAUUUUUGGCUUGCUAUUGUAGUCUGUUUGAUGCUCACACCUCCAAGACAGGAAAGGGAGGAGGGGGUGGGUGCAAUUUCAGCUGGUCCCUGGUAAACCAUAGUUUAAGUCUGACUUAGUGUUACAUUUGAGCAUGUGUGUAUAUAAAAUAUUUUAUUAACAUAUUAAUUUUUGCUGCACCAGAAAAACUUUCUGAGUCUUGAGCUGAUAUUGCUAGUGAAAAUGUGAAUAUUUAUUAUGUUCUUCUUGUAUCUUAAAGUGUGGGGCUGGAAUAUAGUGAGCUAAAGUAAAUGAAAAAUUUGAAAUCCUGAAAAAAAAAAUCCCACAACUGGCUUGUCAAAAAGAAAUCCUUAUAUUCAGAAGAAGAAAUCAUUUUGCAUAAAAAUUCUUGGCUUACACUAAAUAGUGUGGUCUGGCUAAUAAUGUUUAACUUGUUUUGUUUUUUUAAUGAAGGAACAUAUUGGAAAAUAAUUCAACACAGAACGUUUUGUCUCAGACUCUCAAUGGAGUUGGCAACCUUUCAGGGUCUCAUCCUUUGACUGGAAAAGAUCAACAGUCUUUAGAAACAAAUGAAAAUGUUUCAAAAGGACUUUUAAUGGAUGACUCCAAUCAGUACUACUUUGAUAAGGUAUGAUAAACAAGAUGAAACUGGCACUUCCUGAUAAGCUUAAACAGCAGUGUAGGUGAGACAGAACAGGAUACCUUUUCAGUUGACAAGCAGCCAUUUCUUUCAUACAUCAAUUCCAAUCCUAAGGAACCCAGCCCCCAUCCUGGUCAUUUUGUAGAAGAGGUGUGUAUCUGUACAGUAAGCUUUUAAAAAUUAUUUGUAAAUAUGUAUUGAGAAGUUGGAGGGUGUCUGGAUGUGAAUUGUAUGUUCCAUUACACUGAUGGUUGUAUUUAUACUCUGUACAUUUGUGUUGACUUGUCAAUUGCCUUGUUUGCUUGUGGAUUAUUAUCUUUUUAAGAGAGAGGGGCAAAAUUAGCCUUAUCAUAGAGUUUCAGACUUUGGCUAGAUAGUUCUAGAUAGUUCUUUGGCUAGAUAGCUCCUUUGAAAUGGACAAAUCUAUGUGGAGGGGAUGCCCAGUUUGCAAAAAUUUCUCAUGAUAGGUAGUUUAUCAUGAUAAAAUUUCUCAUGAUAAGUAGUUUAUGAUAGGUAGUUUAAUGAAGAUUAUCCAAGUCAUCCAACUGAGGUGGUACUUAACAUGUUUCACAGGUAAAAAGCCUCUUUUCCUUGUCUUCCAGAAUGAAGUUAUUGAUGGAGACUUGCUUUUGAUACGCAUUUUGCCAGAUGAAGAUGGAAAAUUUGGAUUUAACCUGAAGGUAAAAAGGCACUAGUAAAGCAAUAUUGAUAAUUAAAUAUAACUUGGGAGUGAGCAUUGCAGGGGAACCACUGGGAAAUGUUGCUUGCAUCUUUUUAAACAUGCUUUCCCCAGUUUGUGAUAAAGUACAGUGGUGCCUCGCAAGACGAAAUUAAUCCGUUCCGCAAGAGUCUUCGUCUAGCGGUUUUUUCGUCUUGCGAAGCAAGCCCAUUGACGGAUUAGCGCUAUUAGCGCUAUCAGCUGUUUAGCGGCUAUUAAAGGCUUAAAGGCUUAGGGGAUUAGCUGCUAAAAGGCUAUUAAAGGCUAUUAAAGGCUUAGCAGAUUAGAUAAAGGGGGAAACGCGAAAAAACAAUUUCUAGACUCGCAAGGUAUUUUCGUCUUGCGAAGCAAGCCCAUAGGGGAAUUUGUCCUGCGAAGCAACUUCAAAACGGAAAACCCUUUCGUCUAGCGGUUUUUCCGUCUUGCGAGGCAUUCGUCUUGCGGGGCACCACUGUAUUAUGCUGCUGUUCUGUCAAAACACUGAUUGGUUUAGUGGAGUAUUGAUAAUUCUUCCUCCCUAUCUUCUCCCUGAAUAAACCAAAUUUUAUUGCCCUCAGCUAGUUAUUAGUGUUGUCAUGUGGAUGCUAAUUAUGAAAGAGCUUUGUGCACUAGAUAUAAAUGGGAAUGCAAGGGUCUUCAAAUUACAAGUGGAUAUUGGGGGUGAGCAAAUCCCGACAAAUCUUGCUAUUCUCACCUUUUGGGUAAAAUUCUAUGCAUGUUUUGUUUUGAACAGAAACUUUGAAAUUUGCCUCAGGUUUUGCUUUGAGUGUAAGUCAUUAUUGACCCUGAUUAAGAUAUUGAUUCUCUUUUAGUUAAAGAUUUUGCAUUGUUUUAACAGUACAUUUGCCCCUACACAGUGAUUUGGAAUAAUGUUAUGUGCAUAUUAUUUGUCAUCUGCCGAAGCUAUGCUAGUAAAUUUCCUGGAGUAAAACUAUCUUUGCACAGAUUGUAAAGAAAUUAGAUCAAAUGUAAACAUUUGGUCAUGAGACCUAGUUCAUUACUAAGCAUUUUCUAGUAAACCCCUUAGAGGAUUUUCAUUAUGUGUUUUUAACAGGUAACCAUGCUGAACCCCCCCCCCCCAGAAUGCUGUUUUAAAGAUUAGAUCUUACAGCUAUGUGCGAUUUAUUGCUAUAUCGUUCAAUGCAUCACGAUAACUGGUUCAUUAAAUUUGACCUAUAUUUGGUCAAAUUUGACAAUAUAUCAUUCAAAACACCAGAGGGCAGUAUAAUUGUGAGCAAUUUGAGUAGUCCUGUCCCUGUGCGUGGUUUGUCUCAGCCAAAGGCAGAACAAUUUCAGCCUCGGCACCUUGCAAUAAGUCUCAGCUGAGGACAGAACAGAUUCAGCCCCAGCAACUUGCAAUAACUGUGUCCAGCCUUGUGAUAACAGCGGUGUUCCCUCUCCCUGCUCUGGCUGCUUCACAGUGGUUUGUCUCAGCCGAAGACAGAAAAGUUUUGAUCUCAGCAUCUUGUGAUAGCUGCGGAGUUCUCUUUCUCUGUCGGCUGAUGCAACAUCCAAGACUGCCUGCUGCUUCUUCUGUAUGCCCCAUCUCCCCCACCACCCACCUGCACAACAUCCAAGACUGCCUGCUCCUUCUCUCCCAAGCCCCAUCGCCAACCCCCCCUCCUGCAGAUCUCCAUGGCUGCUCCUUUGGCCAUCCACAUGCCAGACCUUCAUGGCCACCCUAUAUAGUUCUGUGUUUCAGAUAUCAUAAUAUAUUGCUAUAUUGCAUUGUUUAGCUGGUGAUAUAUCACAAUGUUGAAAAUCAGAUAUCACCCAGCCCUAGUCUAGAGACUACCUCUUAGUACAGGAACUGUUAGUAUAUAUCUAUCUAGCUAUAUAUACACCGUAUUUUUCGCCCCAUAGGACGCACCGGCCCAUAGGACGCACCUAGUUUUUUUGAGGGGGGGGAAUAAAGAAAAAAAAAAUAUUUCGCCCCCAGGCGCUUGUGGGGCCGGCAGCAGGGAGAAGCGCUCUUCUCCCCACCGCCAGCCUUCAGACCAGGUCUGGGGGCAGCGGGAAGGCACACUGCGCCGCCCCGCUGUCCCCGGAGCUUGCGGGGCUGGCGGCGGGGAGAAGCACGUGUCUCCCCGCCAUCAGCCUCUAAACCACAGCGGGAUGGCGUGCUGCGCCUCCCUGCUGACCCCCGAGCUUGUCGGGCUGGCGCUGGGGCUCUCCUGAAGCCUGGAGAGCGAGAGGGGUUGGUGCACACCGACCCCUCUCGCUCUCCAGGCUUCAGCAAAAGCCUGCAUUCGCCCCAUAGGACGCACACACAUUUCCCCUUCAUUUUUGGAGGGGAAAAAGUGCGUCCUAUAGGGCGAAAAUACAGUAACUCUUGCCAGUGCUUUUUUUCUAGAAAAAAAGGUUCCAGUACUGCCCCCCUCACCGCCACAGCGCCCCCGGCCCCAUGCCCCCUUCCAUGGUGGGCUGUUACCGUGCUUGCACGGGACUCCUCAUGCCUAAAGAAUGCAGUGAGGUAUGCACCACUUUCCUGCUGGAGAGGGGAGCGGAGCACAUAGAUCAUCCCGUGGCAGCCAUCCACUUUUCCCUACCUCUGUUUAGUAGCCACUUACAAGAGAUGGGAGGAGAGUUGGGAGCAGCCCUCUAUUAAGGAGUGAGAUUGGGGAGAGAUUCUUCCCACUUGGAGAAGACGAGGCUUCCUGGACCAAGUGACCCUCAUAGCUGCCUCCUCAGCAGCCAUCCCAAGCAGCUUCUUUCAGCUACAAUGCUACUGCUGCUGGCUGUGCCCUGUCUCAAGGUGCCCAGGAGCUUUUUCCUCUGCUGCUGCUGCUGCCACCUCCUUCCUUCUCAUCAGGUCUUGCCUCCUUCUCUUGCUUCUGCAGCUCUGGGUUUUGAAAAGGCUUCACAGAAUUUAUGAUUUGUUUGUUGCCUUUUCCUCCUUGGGUGGUUUCUUAUAAUUAUGGCAAGAAGCCAGAAGGGGGGAAAGUGCCAGUACGACAUACCAAUUUGUACCACCAGAAAAGAAGCAUUGGCUCUUGCUAUAUAUAUGUCUUUCCCCAACAACCUUUAGUGAAAUGUAGUGUAAAAAUAAGCUCUUUUCCUACACAUUUUCCUACACAUGGCUCUGUGUAGAAAUUAUAUACUCUUUCAUUUCAUUGUAGAAUAAAAUAGUUCUUUUUUCAUACUGAUAAGAUUGACAGUAGGGCACUUAUUUGUUUUUAUUUAUUUUAUUCCAUUUACAUCCCACCCCCUUCUCCAAGGGAGCUCGAGGUGGUGUACAUGGUUCUUCCCCUCUUCAAUGAAUUCCUACAACAACCCUGUAAGAUAGCUUAAGCUAAGAUGAGCCUUAUGACCAUGUGGAGAUUUGAACCCUGGAUUCCCAGGUCGUAGUCCAACACUCUAAUCAUUAUGUCACACAGUGUAAAAGGAGCAGGGAGGAGGAAUGAAGAAAAUUGCAGGAAGGAAAUAGGGUACAAGUCGAGUGUUGGAAGGAGAAGACAAAAGGAAAGGAGAUGAGAAAAUACAUGUGGGGAUGGGGGGAGAAAUAAUACAAGAGAAAAUGAUAGUAAUUGUCUACCGAACUCUUCCUCCAUCUACCAUUUUGCUGACUGAUGGAUAUCUGUAAUUUUCAGCUUUCUCAACUAAGCUCUGAUGAUAGAAAGAUUGCAGACUUCUGUUGUAUAGGAUACUUGCUGCUUACUUGGAAUUCUGGUGAAGCUGGUUGGAUUUCAUGAUCCCCUAAUAUUAACAAUUAGGAAGAUGUGCUAGAUCAUACCUUUGGCAGCUUUAGACCACAGGGGGAAGAUUUUGGACAAGCUUUGUUUUAAGUUAAGCUUAUCUGACACAUAAACUUCUGGAACGCCCCAUCACAGUUUGAAAACUGUUAUAGAUAAAUCAAGUAUUGCACAGUUACAAUGCCAGCUUAUUACAUAUCUAAUCAAUAGAAAACCCCAUUGUGUUUAAUAGAAGUUUUCCCCAGAGCAUAGGAUUUCAGCCUAAGUGUAUUAACUAUUCAGAUGUAUUUUAAAUGUUUUAAAGAUUGUAUUGUUUUGUCACUGUUGCUUGCCAUCCUGGGGUGCUUUGAGAGGAGUAGCUAGAUAUAAAUAUAAUAAUUAAAAAUAUAAUAAAUAAAAAUACUUUGGCACCAUGUUUUAGGGGGGCAUUGAUCAGAAGAUACCUCUAGUUGUGUCCAGAAUCAUUCCAGGUUCCCCUGUAAGUAUAAACUUUUGAACUUCCUUCAUUUUUGUAUUGUAUUUUAUCUUGAGUCCCUAUCAGGGAAAAAAGCAGAGUAUAGAAAUCUACUACUACUAUGACUAUAACUGCUGCUGCUGCUAAUUGUUAGUAGAAUAAGAGAGUGGGAAGAAAACUUGGACAUUAUCUCAAUAGAAAUGCAUAAAAUCAGGAUGUGGGCCCCUGGAUUAUUCAUUCAGCUUCAUUCUCAAUCUGAACUGAAUAGUGUCAGACAUUGCUGAUGGAAAAUUGUUCCAAAUAUAUUAAACAAAUAAAUUUUCCAUGGUUUCCUAAUGCAGAUAAUACUUCAUCAAGAUAAAGAAUAGCACUGCUAAUUAGAGAUUCAGUCAAAUCCUUCACACUGAAGUUAAUAUCCAAUUUGUUUCUUAGACUGAAAGGUUUGAAAAUGGUGACUUCAUUUUCUUUUGUCUUAUGGCAGUCUGAUAAAUGCAUUCCAAAAUUGCUUGAAGGUGAUCAGAUAGUAUUAAUCAAUGGCCGGGACAUCUCUGAGCACACACAUGACCAAGUAGUGAUGUUUAUAAAAGCCAGCAGAGAGUCACAUACACGUGAGCUUGUACUUCUGAUCAGGCGGAAAGGUAAGUAUUUAUGUGAUGUAUUGUUAUUGAAGAGUGGGAUUGUGGUGGGAUCAUGCUGCUAGGAGCAUAACUGAGCAGGAUUAUUGUCUGUACACUAGAAGCUAUUUUAUUUCGAGUUUUUCUUUAAAUUUCUACAAGGAGUCACUUGAAACAUUGGAAUCUCAUAGUUAACUAAAGCUGGUCUUCUGGGGAGGAAGAGGGUAUAGCCUCCCUUCAGCUCUCCACUCCUAGGGCAAUUAGUAGUUUGAGCUCGACCCUCCUUCUGGCGUGGAAGGGAAGGAAGUGUUUUGAUCCCUCGCUUCCAUCUUUGAAUUUCAGGACUCUACUGGUCUGGAUCCAGGCACCAGAGACUUGAGAUUCCAAGAUACCCCCCAUCAUGCCAUUAUAUCAAGAUUUUUCUGUAAUCAUGGUUUGUGUGACAUCCAAAUUGGCCUUGUCUGUAGACCCAAUCUUUGCAAACUGAUCUCAGCAUGGUUUCAAAUCAAGGUUUUGAGAUAAGUCGCUGGAGUUAAAAUUGUUUUCCCCCUCAUGAGAGCAAUAUUUCAGCAAUUUGCCAAAGAAAAAAAUAGUUGCUGAGACACAGAAAGAGAUUGAAUUGCAUCUCCCUCCCUGCUAAUAUUCACCUGCCUUAGGCUAUUUGCUUUGGAACUGUCAAAGAGCAACAAUUAGCAAAGCAGCUUUUACAAAUCUGUCCUUUUUCAUGUACAUUUUCUUUAAAAUACCUAGACAUUACUGUUUGAAGAAUGUUAAAGAUCUGGAUUUGCCUGUGUAUUUUUAGUUCUUAGACCAUUUGUUGAGAACAAGUUGGAAGAUGAAGCUGAUGGAUCCAGUUUUCUGGAAACAAUUAUUCCCAACUGUUCUGAGUAUGGUGAGACUUUAGAAGAAUCAAUGGAGCAACUAAAGAAAGGACUGGAAAGUGGAACUGUCCUAAUUCAGUUUGAAGUAAGCAACCAUCACAGUGUCAGACCCUUGGUUUGAAUGUGUCCCUUCCUAAACAGAUGCAAAUAAAGCCACUAUUCUCUUGGCUACUCUCCUCCUUCUAACUUUCUCUUCUCUGUGAUCGUGUGCUAUAUUUGUUGACAGCACUGGCCCAGAAAUGGAGCACUUGGUGUUCCAGAAGCUAAGGGUCCAUUCAGGUGCUGGCCAAAGCAGCAUUGUAAGUCAUGACUUUAAAAACAUAAAAGAGCCCGGCUGGAUCAGGCCAAAGGCCCACUUAGUCCAGCAUUCUAUUUUCAUAAUGACCAUGUUUUAACUAUACUGAAGUGCAAGUUUCUAAAAAUAUAAAAGCAGAAAAAUGUAAUGUUUUGUUAAUAAUUGCUACUUGGAUAGGCCUACACAACCCUUGUGUUUCACCACAAAAUUAAAAACUAAAUGCAGUCUUUUAAUUGGCAGUUUUAGAAGUGCAAUGUAGAUAUCAUAAUGCCCUAAUCAGAUUUUAUUUAACAGUGUAUUUAAAUGACACGCAGCUGUCAAAAUAGUAAGUUUAUCUUCUUACAAUUUUUGUUAAUCAGUAAUCCUGUUAAGAACUAGCAUCAAAAUUUGAGGGGUAUUUAGUCAGCUUUCCUCUGACUUGAUAGGCAAGCCAAGGAUUAAGAACGCCUUCCUGCCCUGUAACUCUCUUCUGUAAAUGCCUAAUCCUGCAUUGUCAUUAACUUGUUAACACUUUGCAACAAGGCCUCAAAAUAAAACAAGCCCCCAACUCACUUGUCAUAUGAUCUGGCCAGAGAUAUGGAGCAAUUACAAGACCACCGCAAAUUCCAGUGCCAGUCAAGCUGCCAUCCACAGAGAUUGGGAACUGCCAGUUGUUCAUUUGUGGGGAAUUAUUUUAUAUUUGUUAUAAUUCAAGCAAGUCUGGGCAGUGUGUAUGGAGGUUCUAGACUGCCUAGAUUCAACUUGAUCCUUAUUUAAUUAUUCAGUGAAGAGCUUUUAUUUUCUUUCAGCAACUUUAUAGAAAAAAGCCAGGAUUAGCUAUUACUUGUGCAAAGCUACCUCAAAACAUGGACAAAAAUCGGUACAAAGAUGUUCUGCCAUGUGAGUAUUAAAUUACCUUUUGCCUUUCAUUUCCUUUAAUAUUUAACUUGUAAUAUUUAACAGUAAUUCCAUGCCUAUCAGCCUAAAAGUGAAUCAGGACCGAAAUAAGGUGAUUUCUACGUAUUCAGGGUAAGCAAAAGUACAUUUGUUGUACAUAAAUGGGGCAACUAAUCCUGAUUACCUUAUGCCAUCUCUAAAGAUCCAUGACAGCUCCACUAGUAGAUCAAAUAUCUCCCUACACAGGGAGCUUGCACAGAGUAUAACAGUGCUUGUGGAACAGUGGUUCAAGACCCAUUCACAGAGAGUACUGCCCUUUUACCACACAGAAACUGCAACAAAAGCAGUCACAGGCAUACACUGACACCAGUACCCUCCAGUUGCCCAUAGGAUAUGGGAUUUGAAAGCAGAAAUUGGAGGCUGAGCCCCACCAGACAGAAGGCUGGAAGCCCCCACUGAUCUCUGGACAGCUAGAAACUCAAACCUUUUUCAGCCUAUACAGAGCAGUUCCCAAACUGCUCAACCACAGCAGCAGACAGGUUGUGGGGCAUUGGCCUUUCCCUCAUAGCAAUCAAUGUUAGGAGCACAGGGACUGAAGGUGAAACCCUGAUCUCAUAAAACAACUUAAGUCUUGCAUGCUAGAGGCCCGUGGUUCAAACCCAGAGUACAAACCUGGUCUUGAAAAGGGUGAGCCCACCCCUAGUGUUCUAAUGGGCACACCUAAGAUAAUCAUCCCUCUUUGACCCACCACUCCUUUUGACAUCCCAUGUGACCAAUCCAUCCCCUAAUUAAUUUAGCUGACAGGCUAGCCCUGCCCAGUAGCAUCCCAGCAGGAUUCAUUGUCCCCACCGGCCAACCACUCCCUACCAACAAAGAAACAACAAGGUGCAAGAGGAGACCACUAGUGCAAAUGGAUGACCAAUCCCUGCUGCUCGUAAAAGAACAGCCGGCAGCAUGUUGGCCUGAUCUUUUAGUUGGCCUCUUUUCAUUUGCACACAAUGAGUGUUUUGAGAGCAUAUGGGAAGGCAGGAGAAUCAGGAGUAAGGGAAAGCCACUGAGGCACAGUGCAUAACACUACAAAGCUCCAGCAAACAGUUAAUCAUCAGGUCAUGCACAGUACCAUAAUAGUCCCUGAAUCUGUGCUAUAGGUAUGUGGAGAAAGAAAGAUUGAUGUCACCUGAGUGCUUGUUGACCAUAUCCCAUCUGCUUCAAACUGCUCCUGUGCUCCACUCAAAGUUUAACAAGAGAGUACUGUAGUUUGAGUCAUCUGAAGUCCUAAGCUAACCGCUAUAACUUACCAGAAUACUCUAUGUUCUCAGGCUGUUGGUUGCAUGAAACGUAUCUUACUAUAUGUGGGCUGUAUAAGCAAGCCAAGAACCAAUUAAUUAAGCCCUUAUUGGUAAAUUUACCAGGAAACUCUGAUAUCUUUUAUCUCAAGUAUCUCUUUGAUGAUAAGGAAUUUUAGUCAUGGCAAAAUUUCUCUCACAGGUAGUUAGAAUUAGAAAUCAACAUGUCUUGGAUAGAAUUAGAAAUCAACAUGUCUUGGAUAGAAUUAGAAAUCAACAUGUCUUGGAUAAAACACAGUGACUGUCUAGUAAUGUCUUUUCCAUAUGUUUGCUGUACUUUGCUUUUGAAAUUGCUCUUGAAAUUGUUUUUGCGGGUCUUUGGACCAUAAUAAUGUUUGUGUGGUAAGCCUAUCUUGAACCAGGGCUUUUUAGAACCAUAUAGCACAACAGGGGAUGGAAAUCAGAAGGGUUUCAAAAGGAGGAAAGUGUUGUUUCCUCCCUGUUCCCCUUUGACCUGGACCAGAUGUUGUUAAGCUACAACUCUCAUCAUUUGCCAGGAGGGACAGCAGUCAAGGAUCAGGGAGUGGUUGUCUCAACAACAUCUAGGAACUUGAUGUUGAGAAAGCCUCCCCUAGACAGUGCUGUGUUUUGUAGUAUUGCUUCAGAAAACAACCUGAUUUGGCUCAGACAAAUUUAGAGGCUGCCUAAUUUUGGGGGAACGAAACUUCAUGUCUUCCCAUUCACUUCUUUCUCCCCAUUUUUGACAGAAUUAGAUGGAAUUUGGAGGCAUAAUAGGCCCUCGGGCAGACCCUCCUUUAUUCUGCUAAAUUCCAGUAGGAUAGGUUCAGGAGGGGUUGUGCUGGGCACAUUAAACUUUGAUUAUUAUUUUUAACAGCAUAUAAGUUUUCUGAAUUGAAUGAAAUUUGUAUGUUUUAGGGGAUGAACACUGCCAAACGUUUGCAGUUUUGGUGGGGUUAAUCUCCCGUAUUCUGUUGCCAUCAAUUUUAUGAACAUUGUAAAAAUCAUAGAAGUGCUCAUAAGAAACCUGUCAGAAGUAUAAAUGCAGGAGCUAAGGCGUUAAGAUGAAGGGGUGGGGGACUCACCUUCAGACUUGGCUCUGCUGAGUUAGCACUAAAAGUCACAGAAAUGAAGUGUAAACUGACUUGACAGGACUGUUUCAAGUAAGCAGCAGCAGCAGAACUAGCACAGAACAGAGCAGAAGGUGAUCUAUUACUUUAGCAUCACUGCUUCGGAACACUGUGAUUUGAGAUUCCUGAUAAAAUCAUUCCCUCUGAUUAGAAGCUAUAAAACACUCAGCAAAAAAAGGAGCCCCCCCCAUUUUCACAUUCACUUAUAUGGCAUUCACUUGAGGAUAAUUUAUCGCUUUUGGCAGACCCACUGCCUGCGCUGUUUUCUCACUUCGGAGAUUCCUGUUUUUAUCUGGGAACCUUUGGAGUGACCCCACUUUGGUUUGAAAGCCCAAGAUCUUUCUGAAGCAACCACUUCUGCUCAAGAUUCAGGAUUCAUUUGAAUCUGGCACAUUCUAUUCUUUCGUGUCCUAUUUGGUCAUAGUUCAUUUACUUAAGUUUUCAAAAUACUGUGUUUGCAGACCAUAUUGUGCAGCUAAUUGAUUCCCCAUCUCUGUGAAAAGUGAUACUAAUUUAUAUAACCUAAUUACUAUUUUUUUCUCUUGCUAGAUGAUAUCACUCGAGUAAUAUUACAAGGAAAUGAUGAUUACAUAAAUGCAAAUUAUGUUAACGUAAGUAACACAGAUAGGUCUUGAAAUAAUUACGACAAGUUGUUUCCAUACUAGUGGGCCUAUUAAAAUUAAUGGACAGGACUAACUUAGGUCCAUUAGUUUCAAUGGGUCUACAGAACUAAAAGUAUCAAAAUUAUCAGAAUUUCUUGUACAAUUUCUUGUUCAAUUUUGAUUUAGUGACCUAAUCGUGUGGGUUGAUGUUGUAUUUGAGGAUGACUAGAAAUACUAAUAGUUGUUGUUAUUUAUUAUCCACUUGCCUUUGCUAAUACUUCAAGUAAAAUUACCUAUAAGAAUCAACCUUAUUUACAGCUUUCUUUCUUCUCGUAGCUGGAAAUUCCUCCUGCAGGCAUUGUGAACAAAUACAUAGCCACUCAAGGGCCUCUUCCACACACCUGUGUUCAUUUCUGGCAAGCAGUUUGGGAUCACAGAUUAUCACUGAUUAUCAUGCUGACCACCCUUACGGAACGAGGGCGGGUAGGUACAGUUUUCCUGAUUAUCAAGCCAUUCCGGGGGGUGGAGGUUUGCAUGUGAAUUGAGAUGUGGUUUGCUGGUCUGCUUGGCACAUUGGAACUAGGCCCUCUUUCUUCAUUCUUCAGUGUAACUUAGCAGGUGGACAAUAAGUUGUGGCUUGUGAAUUUUUUUAGCAUAUCAAGGUUCAGGAACCAAGGAGCUAUUUUGUUUCCAGCAACUGAAAGGCUAAAGAUGAAAGCCUUAUAUACUCUGGCCUGCUCCUAACUCCAGCUGCUGUGGCGGCGGCUGGAGAUAUUUUGGGGAUUGCUUCUGCUAACUCUUUGGCCUGGACCUGGGCCUUUUGUCAUGUCAAUUAGUACAUGGUAUGUUCUGUGUUUAUUAUUAGCAUUGCUUGAGCAACCCUCUAAGAUAUGUUUCCAUAGAAGAUAUAAAUGUGACAGGAUGAGUUUUUCUUUUGUGUUAGACCAAAUGCCAUCCUUAUUGGCCUGAUCCUCCAGACGUUCUUGAUUACGGCAACUUUCGUGUCAAGUGUCGAUCUGAAGAUUGUACCAUUGCUUACGUGUUUAGAGAAAUGGUUAUUACAAAUAUUGAAGUAAGUGAUUUUUACUUUUUCAGUUUGCUACAAGAAAAAAUACAUAUUAAAACUUCACACAUGGUUAUGUACAUGUUGUGCUUUUUGUCUGAUCUAAAUGCUGCUGCGCUUGGUCCAUUGGUCAGCCUUACUGGAAUAUGUAUCUACAAAGAUUAUUUGAGUCAAAGCUAACCUUCUGGUUGUUUAUUAUUAUUAUUAUUAAGAAGCAACUCAAGUAUAAGUGCUUGUGCUGUUACUUAUUUUGUCUUUAUUCAUUAGUAAGGGCCCAUUCAAACAGCUCUUAGAUGUUUGUGGUAUGAGAUUCAAUAAAGAGCUUGGAUGCUUUCUUUGUCACUAAUGCAUGUGCAUGCUUACAUGGGUGAGAAUACAUAUACAAGUUUGCAUGUACAUGCCAAAACUUAGAACUCCCGUUUCUAUAUGAAUAAGUGAUUGCUAAAUGAACACUAAGUCUGUGUGCAGUACAGUGUUACAGCACUCAAUUCCUUAUUUUGCUGCACAGAAAAAUGAGGAGAGAGAAUCCUACACACCUGAAUGGUAAUGCAGUGUAAUGUAAACAAUUGCAAAGUGAUAAGCAUUGGACCAAAAAUCCUAGUUUCACAACUAUCACAAACAGAUCCUAGUGAUGACUGAGAAGGAAUGAAACCUUGCAGUUUGUGGUAGGUAGCUCAAAUGACCCAAGUGUGAAGAAGCUGUGAAAAACAUCAAUUCUGUUUUAGGGGUAAUUUGGAAAAUAACAAAAAACAUGCUAAAUAUUAAUAAAUAUUUAGUAAUAAAAUACUAUUACUAUGCAAAUCUAUGGUGCAACCAUAUUUGGAACACUGUAUCUGGAUGACAGUUGUGAGAACAGCAUGUUGGAGUAGAUGGGUUCUUGGCCUGAUCCAGCUGGGCUCUUCUUAUUACACUUCCAAUACAGCCUCCUAUGAUGAAUGAACAGUAAAUGCAGAAGAACAAAGCAUAGGAAGCUGCAUGGAAGCCACUGGGACCCUUUCUUGUCCCAGUCCAUAUUGUUUGAUGCAGCUUUACCUAUCCAGCUGUUGUUUGUUUCAGUUUGGCUAGGGCCACUGACUUCUAAUGAGCUUUGAGUAUUCAUGCAGACUUUGGCAAAAUAUAGCCACAUGUAGACUUGGCUAUGGCAGCAUAACUGGUAUAUGGCAAAUUUGGUUUGGAGCUGAUUGCUUGUUUUUGCAUCUUUUGUUCAUUAAACAGACCCUACCUACAUUUUGUGUCAGGUAUACUGUGACAGAGUUGGCAGAGUUUUUUGCAAAAUGGAAGCAAUCUGCUUUGGACCAAACUAUGUAUUACAUUAUAUGUGUUACUGUGUUGAACUCACCUGUUUUUUUUUAAAUGGCUGCAGAGAUUAGGUGCAUAAAGAGAUGGGUUUAAUGUUUCCCUUCUGCUGCAGUCUGCUUCAAACUGCUGACCUCCAAGCUCUUCCCAACACCUAAGCUGUUCUUUACCUGAAGCAGCUUUCUUCCCACCAGGUGGCAGUCCCAGCCAUAAAGAGACAAAGUGCCUUGAGAGGGAGUCCCCAGGGAACCCAGUGUGUUACAGGUGGCUUUGAGUUAGGAUUCUCUGUAUGUGACAGUAUUUUGCCUUCCUAAAAAUGGAAAUAUAAACAGUUUGCUAUGUUGAAAAUUGAGCUUUUAUGAGAAAUAGCUAUAGCACAGUUUCACAUAUUUGAUUGGUCUAUGGAGUACAGAAAACAUUCAGAUGAGAAUGUAACUAGAUUUCUAGUAGGUUUACUGUACAUUGUCAGGGUUUACUGAGAGAGACAACAGAAAAUACUAUUCUGGAGAUGGGGGGUGGGGAAAGAGAUUUAGCUAAUAAAGAAAUAAAUGAUGCACUGCUUUUGACCACAAAUCAACAAUAUUUAUUGUUGAGCUAUCUAAAUGCAAGACUCUGAACUGACAAAUGGUUUGUUUGAUAUUUUCCCAUUACAUAAUUUUCAGUUAAGGCUGUUUUUACAGUAAUGUCUGUAGUCCUUUAUAGUGAAAAUGUUAAUUUAUUUCAGACAGAGGAAGAACACACAGUCACUCAUCUCCAGUAUGUGGCUUGGCCUGAUCAUGGUGUCCCUGACGAUUCCACAGACUUUUUGGAAUUUGUGACCUACAUGAGAUCAAAGAGAGUGGGAAAUGCGCCAGUUCUUGUUCACUGCAGGUGCAGUAAAUAAUUGUGCAUAUAACCAUUUGGCAUAAUAGUUUGUGAUAGUUCUUGAGUCUGCUUUAUGAAUAUUGAAUGUGUUAUAGCUGAUAGUGAAUCAAAACUGCUCUUGCUGCUUCAGGCUGCUUAGGGACUGUUCAAAUGUAUUUGAAGUGCUUAUUCCUUUCAGUGGACUUUCCCAAAAGACAGAAAACAUAGCUUAAAUGUGACUGGUUGUAAAUGCAACUUGGUUGCGUGAUUUUAUGUGGGGUGGGGUUUAUUGUUAUUGUUUUCUUUUUUAAAAAUAGAACUUAUAGGAAUCCCACUGGAUCAGAUAAAGGGUCCUUCUAGUUCAGCAUCUGUUUCCUAGUGGUGGCCCACAAACAAGGCAUGAAGACAUAACUCAGUAGCUGGCACUCAAUGGCAUAUUAUCUCUAAACCUGAAGAUUCCAUGUAAUCACCAUGUCUAGUAGUCAUUCAAAGACUUAUUAAUUUAUUCCUCUCUCAUAUUACAACUUGGGGUCAUGCAAUGAAACAGAUUGGUAGAAUAUUCAGGACAGACAAAAGGAGGUACUUCUUCACCUGGCAAUUAUUUGAUUCAUAGAAUUCUGUGCCAUAAGAUGUGGUGAUGGCCACUAGCUUAACUAGCUUUAAGAGUAGAGUAGAAAAAUUCAAAGAAGAUACGUACCAGUAAUGUAGCUAUAUUAUGAAGUUAAAAGUGGUGGGAACCCAGAAGGAAAAGUGACAGUUCCACUCUAUUCUGUGCUGUUUAGACCACAUCUGGAGUACUGUGACCAAUUUGGGGCACCACAUUUUAAGAUGGGCAUCAACAAACAAUAGUGUGUCUGGAGGAAGGUGACGGAGAUGGCAAGAAGUCUGAAAACUAAGUCCUAUAAUUAAUAGUUGAAAGAGCUGGAUAUGUUUAGCCUGGAUAAGAGAAGAUGGAGGAGGGACAUGAUAUCUGAGGGGUUGUUAUGCAGAAGAUGGCACAAACUGUUCCACAAGACAGGCCUAGAACCUAUGAAUGGAAAGUGCUGGGAAGCAUAUUUGGCUGAAUGUUAGGAGAAACUUACUAACUAUAAGAGCUAUCUAACAGUAGAACAGUGUGCGUGCCUAAGAGGUGGCCUUUGCUUUGCCACCUCUUUGAGAUGUUUUAGCAGAGGUUGGACUGCCGUCUGUCAUCCUCCGUUGCAGGAGGCUGGACUCGAUUACCUCCAUGGUUCCGGGCAACUCUGAUUCUAUGGAACCUCCAGUUUCAGAGGCCACUGAAUACCAAGUGCGUUAUUGCCUUGAUGUCCCUCGUGUGGGCUUCUCAGAGGUAUCUGGUGUGCUGGACUGUAUUGACCCUUGCUCUGAUCCAGCAGGGCUGCUCUUCUGUGUGGCAGCACACAAUUCCUUAUUGUGCACUCAUAGACAUCUCAUUUGCAAGAUGCACAAUCUCUUCUAUGGUUGCAUAGAGCACAUUCUUGCUUUUCUAAACCAUGCUUAAAUAUAUAUGCCAAUAUGAUUUUAAUCAUGGUUGUCUAAGUUUGCUGUUUAUAAUUAUUUGAAACCAGGAUUUGAAGCUGGCUGGAAUUUCUGGUUAAGCAGUGUACCUGAUUAUUUUUAACUAUCAUUGAUUUUGAUGCCAGUGUAUCCUUUAGCCACUGUUAUGGUGGGUGGAGGAAGUUUGCCUUGGGUAAGGGAGGAGCGUAUCAUCUUCUGGCCUGCUCUCAGUCUCUUAACUGUGAGGAGAUAACUCCUUUUGCCCCCCUCUCCCAAUAGGGCAGCUAUGACCAUUGAAUUUUUCUUUGUGAUAUCCUGUUACUUCGGGGAGGGGGGAGCAAAACUACUAGCUUAAAUUAGAUUAAAUUACAUAUUUAACCAUUGAUUACUAAAACUUACUUGUUUUCUCCAUUUUUCUGUGAAAUGUUUUCUUACAAAUUUGCAAAGAACAUGUUGCUGAAGUGAUUUUUAAGUGUUCUGUUGUAUUCAGCAUUCCUAAUAUUUUCAAGAGAUUUUCAGUAUUUUUAAAAAAGCCAUAAUUUUAAUAUGAAUUCAGGACAAAACAUAUGCUUUGGUUGUUGUUGCUUUAAAAAAAUGCAGUCUUGUUGCUUACCUCUUGCAGUGCUGGAAUAGGCCGGACUGGAGUAUUGGUUGCUAUGGAAACAGCUCUGUGCUUAAUUGAAAAAAGCCAACCUGUUUAUCCACUGGAUAUUGUACGAAAGAUGCGAGACCAUCGUGCUAUGAUGGUGCAAACAUCAGUAAGUAAAAAGUACAGGAGCCUAUUUUCAAUGUGUUUGACCCAGUUUCAAUAUAUUGAAAUCAUAUAAUUGUAAUGUUUGAAGGGUCCUCAGUGGUCAUCUAGUCCUGCCCUCAAGCUGAUGCAGGAAGUUCAUUGCUUAAGCAUCCCUUGCACAUAGUGAUUCUGUCUCUACUGAAGAACACUUAAUUGCCUUUAAAGUUGCCAUGCUUCAACAAAAUACUUUCAGAGGGAGAUUCCAGCAUGAAUUAGAACUAUUCAAGAAAUCCUGUUGUAUUUACUGAGGCCUGAAUUGAAACAGUGGUUUCCUGUGCACUAUAGAUUUCAUUUGGCCUAGAUAAACACAUUUUGACUUGUGCCUCCUCCUCUAUUCUGCUGGUUUAUCUCUGUUUCCUGUCUCUGCUGCCUAUCUCAGCUCUUCAGAGAUGGACUUAAAUCACCUGAAGAACCUAAUGCUGAUCUCUCCCUGCCCCCUGCACAUGCUAUCCAUCUUGGUCUUAAAGGCAAUGCUGGUAUUAACUUCAGUGUAUGAAAAUGAUGGCAUUGUAGCUGACCAUUGUACUGAUAUUAUAUAAAUGAAAUCUAACUUAGGUUAUUUUUAACCUUUUCCUUUUUUUAUUGUGUGUGUGUUAUGCAGAGUCAGUACAAAUUUGUCUGUGAAGCUAUUCUUCAUGUUUAUAAAGAAGGACUAGUACACCCGCUGGAUUCCAGUUAG